AUGUGCUGUGAGUUGCUUUUGCUGGUACGAACUAAUACAGCUGCUCUUUUGGGAUUUCACAGGCAGUAUGUCCUAGUAGUGCCUUCAGUACUGCAGAGUGGCUCUGCAAAUACAGCCUGUGUGCAACUUCUCAACCUCAAUGAGACUGUAAAACUGAAUGUCUUUCUGGAAUAUGAGAGGCGUAAUGUAACUGUUUUCCAAGAAGUUGUGCGAAGGGAAAACUUCUUCAAAUGCAGCUACUUUGUGGUAAGUAUUUCUUGCCUCCGUGACAAUUAGAAAGAGACAUAAACGGAGAGGAAAAAGGGAAAGGGGACCACUAUAGACUUGUAGAGGUGGAAGGGACACCAAGGGACAUCUAGCCCAACCCUGUAAGGAUGUUGAAAUUACAAAAUAGGAUAGGGAAGAGGAGCAAGAAGGGAUAGGAGGCCUGUGAAAGAGCAGAAAAUAUUGUUACCUGCCCCCCCUCCAAUCUCCAAGCGGUGCGAGAUUCCAGGUGUUCCAGAUGCUUACUCAUGGUUCGCAUUCCCUUUUGGAAAUGAGGCACAGCAGAAGCUGUGGUGUCAUUAUGAUAUAUGGUUUAUUUACACAUAUAUACAACCUCAGCUUACGAUGGAGGGGUUCCAAGCAAUGACUUUCAAGCAAAUUCUGUUUCUCCCAUUCCAGCCGCUUUGGAGACAAGUUGCUAGCCCACAUCGUGCUCUGAUCCUCACCCCCUCUUCAGUUUGCAGUGUUUUGACACUGGCACCUCCCCCCCCCACUCACAUUGGGCAAACUACCCUUCUGGAACUCUCUCCUAAAAACUCUGGCAUUAUCUUCUGCUAACUACCCAGAGCGCGGCUCCACCCACCUCCUGGCUGGCAUAUCCUUUACCUUCUUGCCUUAUUUUUAUUCUGUGAUCGAUCCUGAGAUCUUUUGAUGAGGGGUGGUAUCUAAAUAUAAUAAAUAAAUAAAUAAAUAAAUAGGUAAAGGUAAAGGGACCCCUGACCAUUAGGUCCAGUCGUGGCUGACUCUGGGGUUGUGGCGCUCAUCUCGCUUUAUUGGCAGAGGGGGCCGGCGUACAGCUUCUGGGUCAUGUGGCCAGCAUGACUAAGCCGCUUCUGGCGAACCAGAGCAGCGCACGGAAACGCCAUUUACCUUCCCGCCGGAGUGGUACCUAUUUAUCUACUUGCACUUUGACUUGCUUUCAAACUGCUAGGUUGGCAGGAGCAGGGACCGAGCAACGAGAGCUCACCCCGUCGCGGGGAUUUGAACCGCCACCUUCUGAUCAGCAAGUCCUAGGCUCUGUGGUUUAACCCACAGCGCCACCUGCGUCCCAAAAUCAAUAGAUAUAAUACAUAAAUAAUCGGUCCACCACCUCUUUCCCCCCUCUUUUAAUGGCCCAUCUCUCUAGGUGAUUUCCUGAAUGGCUUGGCCUGUGUUUUAAGCACUUUGCUAAGUUUGGCAUCUGGCACACAGGAAUUAGAAGAGAGGUUCUGGGAUGAGAAGGGGAGUCUUAUAACAAUAAAAUAAUUAUUAGCUGAGAAUGCAUGGGAAGCAUUUUAAAUGCUGUCUUUGCAAGAACCCUUUGGAAUAGGUCGUUAUUCAAAAUAUUCUCAUCUUCCUAUGGCAGACAUAGUGCAGAGGCGGGAGGCCUCACACUACUAAAUGAAGGUCCCUAUCAGGGACUGCUUAACUGACAACUUCCCAACUCUCACCUGUUACUUCGCCAUCACCCUACCAUCAGAAACAGGGCAGCCAGUUAAGUUGGUCAGUCUGCCAAUUUCAGAGCAUUAUCUAUCUUGUAGCUAACAAAAUACGGUGCAAAUAGAAUUGUGCUUUUAAUUGGAACAACUCAUGCAUUCCUGUUGACAUUUUUCAAAGUCAAACUGCUGGAGAAUCACAGCACCUGCUGUGGUUGCAGAGACCAGCAACUCGUAACAACUGCUGCCUCCUGUGUUGUUUUUGCUGCGUUAGUGUGGUGUAGUGGUUAAGAGCAGUAGGCUCGUAACCUGGUGAACCGGGUUCGCGUCCCCGGUCCUCCACAUGGAGCUGCUGGGUGACCUUGGGCUAGUCACACUUCUUUGAAGUCUCUCAGCCCCACUCACCUCACAGAGUGUUUGUUGUUGGGGAGAAAGGGAAAGGAGAAUGUUAGCCACUUUGAGACUCCUUCGGGUAGUGAUAAAGCAGGAUGUCAAAUCCAAACUCUUCUUCUGAAGUGAUCUCUCUGGGGCACCAGCCUGGGCAGUGUGUAUGGAGGUCCUGGGCUGCCCAGACAACCAGACCCCCUCUUGACCUUUGCUGAUAAGGUCCCAAGGAAAGCAGAGUAAUACGUUUGGCACCAGCCUGGCUGCAGAAGUUGCCGGAGGGAGGUGUUCAAGGCAGCAUCCAACUCCAUUCCAUUCCAGCUCCCAAAGAUAUCCCGCAAGGCAGGCGAUGUUUAGGAUCAGUUUUCCUUCUCCUAGACAGGCUAACUUCCCAGGCUGAUGAGCCCCAUCUGUUCCACAAGGCAGCAUGGGGGGAAUUAAGUCCCCAAAUAGAUAACAUAUCCAAUAUUAAACUGAUAAGAACUUACUUUGGCUAACAUCAAGUGUAUUAUCUGUUCUAUCACAUAUGUUUACCAGACAGGUAAGCCAUGUAGCUGUGAGAUGCAGGGAAGGCAACUACAGGUGCUAGAAUCCUUUGGAGAAAAUGGUGGCAAACCACCACACAUUUACAGGUCUAUUGUUGUAUCGCUUGGUUUCUUCCCUCACAGGUCCCUGAGGCCAGUUCCAACCCUGUGGCUUACAUCACCAUCUCUGUCAAAGGCGCCACAGUCAAUGUGACAGAGAGGAGGGUUUUGGCCAUACAGAACAAAGGCAGCGUUGUUUUUGUUCAGACUGACAAACCCAUCUACAAACCUGGACAGGAAGGUAAGUGAUGGUCAUGGCAUUAUCUCUUCUACAGCAAUGUGUAAAAAGUGUUUUGCAGCCCUUCCCAGACUCAUCAUGAAUAGUCUAAAUGCUGUAAAUAUGGGGAAUUGUGGCAAGAACUGCGUGUUCAGCAGCAGACCCUGGUCUGGAAAGCCAAGACACUACUUUUUUUGGGACAAAUUUGUGGAGGGGGGAAUUAUGGAUACCACAUCAUCAUCAUCAUCAUCAUCAUCAUAUUUACUUAUACCCUGCUCAUUUGGCUGGGCCUCCCUAGCCACUCUGGGCAGCUCCCAACAUAUUAAAAACAUGAUAAAACAUCAAACAUUAAAACUUCCCUAAACAGGGCUGCCUUCAGAUGUUUUCUAAAAGUCAGGUAGUUGUUUAUUUCCUUGACAUCUGGUGGGAGGGCUUUCCACAGGGCGGGUGCCACUACCGAGAAGGCCCUCUGCCUGGUUCCCCGUAACCUCACUUCUUGCAGUGAGGGAAUUGUCAGAAGGCCCUCGGAGCUGGACCUCAGUGUCCGGGCUGACUGAUGGGGAUGGAGAUGCUCCUUCAGGUAUACUGGACCGAGGCCGUUUAGGGAUUUCAAGGUCAGCCCCAACACUUUGAAUUGUGCUUGGAAAUGUACUCAAACGUGGUCUGACUGCUGAAAUGUCCAUAAAUCUGCUACCAGAGGCAGUGUUAGGUUAGUGUGACCCAUGUGGCACAACUUAGCACCACCACAAUCCUAUAGAACGGAGGGCAAGAGGCAGAGGGAGGAGCACUGAAUUUUAGCAUCAUACAGGGUGCUGCGGAAAUUUUAGAGCCCCAAGUCCACCACUGCUGCAACAGAUUAGUACAGGCUGUAUACUGGGUUGGGAAUGCAAGGAGGAAACCUAGAAAGGCUAAACUACUUAGGUAUUAGGUAUAAUAACCCAGAUUUCAAACUCAACCCACUUCACAAACCAUGGUGAAUAGAACUGGUAAUCUGAGUCAACCUUUACUGUAUGGCUGAGGUGGAAUUUGAAUGCAGGUUUUUCAUGUCCAAAUUGAUCUCUUUUUUCCCCUGGAUUGCCGUUUCCCAGAAUGAUAAAAACUUGCUGUUAGCUAGCGGGAAAGCAAGUGAAUUUCUCUCACAGUCUUUUUCUUUCCCCUUCCACAGUGCUCUUCCGAAUUGUUUCUCUAAAUACGCGUUUUCAACCUGAUCCUCAAACUGUAAGUAUAUGGUCAGGAGGAAGAAUUUCCAAAAAGCUCCUGGUUUAUAUUAAAGUCUUUGUGAACCAUCUCAUCAGCUUUAAAAAAAGCAGAUGCACAACCCAUAACAAUAGCUUAACACCCAAAUAAGCACGCAGAGUCUGAGGCAAAACUUUUUGGUUUGGUGUUUGCUUGGUCUGCUCCUAAAUAGUAGUCUAUGCACGUAACUCCAAAUGAGAUUGAAUCAGACCAAAGUAAACAGUUUCAAAGAAGCUGUCUAUGCAAUUUGGCCUACUAAUAAGUGCUUCGCACACAUGCAGCAUUUUUGCUUUGAAGUUAAAAGCUAAUGUUCUCCACUAAGGUUCCUGCAAAUGGACUGAACAUAUCUAUUGUGUCUGUGACUGAUUCUGAAUACUCUUUCUAGGAAAUGAAGCAAUUCUGGUCAUUGUUGGAAAGUCAGUAAAUAAAUUAAACUUGUGGUAGAUGGAAUGGAAAGUUUAGCCAUGGAACAAAGGGAUACGAUGACGUUUUAGUUAUCCAUUUAAAACGUAUAGCAGCCUUAGCAGCUGUUUUAACAGCAAUUAUCUGCAUUCUUUGCAAAUUUAUCAAAGCAGCAAAUCUACAGCAUACGCAGACAACAAUAGUUUAAGACAUGUUACCAAUGCAGACAGGCUAAUUUGUGAAAAUCUAGAAUUUCUUUUACCUCUGUUCUGAUUAAUGAUGUCCUCAGGUUUGGCCAUUCAUUGGGGAAAAGGCAGUCUGCCUUGAAGGACAGGAGAACUGUCUAUGGCUGUCUGCUAGUAAGCAUACUCACCUGAUAUAUUUUUGUUCAUCCAUAUGCACAAAAUGCACAAUAUCGCAGCGUUUUGGCUGCAAAUACUAAAAGAAGGCUUGUUUCUAAUCUUGCUCAUUGCCUGAAACAUAUUCCCUUAUUUUGUUCCACCAUCACUGGGAUAUAAACUAUGCUGCCUCAUAUAUUUAACAGAGCAAAACUGCACUAUUUUUCAUUCAGGGUUCAAAUCAUCCCUUUAAACACUUGUUGAUUAGGAGUUUUGAUGCUCAACUCUGAAAAGUUGUUGACAUUUAAAAUAUUUUUCAAACACUAACAUUCUCUUCACAUUCAUCUCUUUCAGUAUCCUUUGGUCACCAUUCAGGUAAGAGUCUUUGUUUUUAAAAGAUGCUUAUCUGUAUUGUAUUGUAUUGUAUUGUAUUGUAUUGUAUUGUAUUGUAUUGUAUUGUAUUGUAUUGUUGCACCCCAGUCUCUGAGCAGUGUGAGAUUCCAGGGGCUCCAGGCAUGCUUACCCAGGAUUCAUGUUUCCUUUUGGAAAUGAGGCACAGUAGAGAUUGUGGUGUCUUUAUGAUAGAUGGCUUAUUUACACAUGUAUACAAGGGGUUCACAGCUUCAACACCCCCAAAGGGUCUUGCUUCUCCCUUAGCCACAGCCUUGGAUUCAAACAGAACUCAGACAUUGCUCUCUGAACCUCUGCUCACUGCUUUGCAUCAUCACAGCAAACUCUGCUCAGAAACUCAGGCUUUGUUCUCCUAUCUAAGAGGUGGAGAAAGGUGCCACUCAUUUGUUGUCUAGCACAGAGCCUUCUUUUCUUUGUUCUCUUAAUGGCCCAUCACCCAGGUGAUGGGUAGCUUAUAUUUAACACUUGCUGGAUCCAGGAGAUGGGUGAGUCUCAACCAGACUACUCAGACUCAUAACUCUAUUGUGCUUGAAACUGAUUAAGUUUAUGUGAUUAUUUGUAAUAUUCAGCUGUACCAGGGAAUAAAGCAAUUGGCAAACAACUUCUUUGAGGAAAAGGAAAAGUGCAGUUUGGCUGGGCUUAAGGCACAAUCCACAUCUAUCUUUGUGUGAGAGGCAAAGGACUAGGAUGAGGGUUUAGGAGGGGAAGAAGAGAAGGUACUUGGUGCCAGGGCUGGCUCCUGUGCAAUGCCCCAGGCUAACAUCCCCUGUCAGGGACUGGCUAGAUAAUGAGGAGUGGUGGGGGUACCAGCUGGGGAACCCCCAAGGGAAGCUGCAGAGGAGGAACACUCAGAGCCCUAGGAUUGGUGGUGGGGCGCUGAGGUGGGUCAGAGGAAGAAUGGAGGGAGGAAUGGUUGAAUGCUGAAGAAGAAACAUGCUUUAGUGAGCAAGGAGAGCCUGUGACAGAGAGCAGCUCCAAGGACAAGCAUGGCAAUGCAUAGGGCGGAACAGAGAUGACAGGUGCCCCAAUGUAAUUUGAGGCUGCUUGGGAAACAUCCGGCAGAGAAGAAGACCUGGAGCAUGGGUAGGCAAAUUAAGGCCUGGAGGAUCUGGCCCAAUUGCCUUCUAAAUCUGGCCUGCGGACGGUCUGGGAAUCAGCGUAUUUUUACAUGAGUGGAAUGUGUGCUUUUAUUUAAAAUGCAUCUCUGGGUUAUUUGUGGGGCAUAGGAAUUCGUUCAUUAUUUUUCCCCCCAAAAUAUAGUCCAGCCCCCCACAAAGCCUGAAGGACAGUGGACCAGCCCCCUGCUGAAAAUGUUUGCUGACCCCUGACCUAGAGGAAGUAGAGGGCAGGGACAGUCAGUCCUGUCAACUGUUGGCUUCCUCAAAAGCAUUUUUUUGGCUCUAUGUUGAUAAGUGGCCUUCGGAUUUGGGCUUGUGUUGACUGCUACCUGCUGACUGCUAAUCUAGUUUCUCCUGAAACUAAGCAACCUGAGUUGAAUCUUUGGCUUCUUGCCUUAGUGUGCCUUUAUUCUGCUCUUCUAGGAUCCCCAGAGGAACCAGAUAUUCCAGUGGAGAAACGUAACGUCUGAGAUCUCUAUUGUUCAGCUCUCAUUCCCAAUAAUUUUGGAGCCAAUACUGGGAGACUAUGAAAUCAUCGUGCAGAGUCAAUCGGGAGCUAAGAACUCCCAUAUAUUCUCUGUCAAGGAAUAUGGUAAACAUAUGUACCUGUUAUUUUCUAAGGUUCAGAAAACAAUUAGGACUUGCUGGAAGGUGAAGGUCUUUAAUUUUCUGGCCUGGUAUAAAAAUGUAGCAACUUGGAUUUUCAGAAAAGUCACAUACAACACACAAAAUGUUCAAAGGCAAACACAUACUUAUCAAAGCUGGAGUUGUAUGUAUUUGCUGGUAAACAAACCUAUUAAAUAAACCUGACAUUUUAGUAAACCACCUAAAAUGCAAUUAUGAAAUGAAAUGGUAAAACAAAUCGUUCAGUGAGAGUCAACCAUUUGUUUACGAUGCCGUUUCCUUAUAAUAGUAUCACCAUUCUCUUAGACGAUUCUCAGGGCAAAUGACAUAAAUUACCUUUAGAAGGUUUUCCCAUUUUAAAGCAGUAUAAAAUAUAUUUUAAAUAAUAAUUCUCAGUGCUGAUAAUCAUCUGGGAAGUGUGAGGAUGGUCUGUCUCAGAAGGUGGGUCAGUUGAGGAAAAGGCUGACCAGACAAGCCUCAAACUUUGCCUCACACACAUGCCAAAUCACUGGUGGAGCAUAUACCUGUACGAACAGUACCCUGGGGUGUGCGCGCGCAUGAGGAACAGCACAUGGAGGGAGCCUGCCGCAGCUCACCUUGCAAGGGGGGCACAUUCAUGAGCCACAGUGCAGCCGAAGAGGGGGGGCGGGGAAGCAGCCAUCGACUCUCCUCCUCUCUGCCCCCAGGUCUGACCUGACCCAGGCGUGAAGCUGCAGCGUUGGACCAUCCUGAGAGGAAAUUGUCUCUGCAUCUCUAUUACGUGCCGUAGCAAAGCUCCAAUGAGAGAGCCUGUCAUGGGGGUGCCUAGUCGUGCCCCCUCAAAAAAAUGUGCCCAGGGCCAUGGCCCCCUCACGCCCCCCCCCCAUGCUACACCAAUGUGCCAAAGUGUUCAAAAUCGCAAACUGUUUCUCUGGAAUAUAUGUUUGACUGUGUCUUUUUCACUCUUCAGUAUUACCACUGUAUGACAUCACUAUCAGUGCACCGAAAACAGUCUCUGUGGAGAAUCCAGAUUUCGUUGUGAAGGUGUGCGGCUCGUAAGUAUUGGGCCCAAUGGCUGAAGUAGACGUUUUUAGUGGUGGAGGCUGAUCUACUGGGGCUAAGGCACAACACUACCUUUGAAAAUGCCAGGCAAUUAUUAAAAAUUCCCUACUUACAGUCUCAAAGCCAUGUACUCUUUCCUGUCCCACACGUAGUUCCCUCCAUUCACUCAUUAAAAGCUGCAGCAACUGUGGGGUGGAGUCAGGUAAGUAAACUAAGUCUGAGCCACAUGCAAAUCCAGAGCAUUUUUUUCAGAAGGUAUCGAUGGCUCUGCUUCCAACAGACCCCUUUCCUAGCUUGAGUUCAGAAUAACUUGAAUGGAGAGGGGUGAAAGAAAAUGCUGUUAGUAUUAUUUAUAGCUUGCUUUUUUUGUGAGUUUUGAAAACGAAAAGCUUGGUCUCUGUACCUAUCUGGAUAUGACUCCACAUCUUUCCCCAAACCUGGGAGAUCUUCUCCCAAAGCUCAGACAUAGCAGCAGCUGAGAAUGAUUAUUCACAUUUUUAAGACUGAGAUAUGCAUGGAAAAUAUGUUCUGCUAUGCUCUGAUGUACUCAAAUGAAACAUUUAUUUAUUUGCCUGUUGGUGGAAUGCUUUGUUUGGAAAGGUUUUUAAUGUUUGAUGUUUUAUUGUGUUUUUAAUAUUCUGUUGGAAGCCGCCCAGAGUGGGUGGCUUAUAAAUAAUAUAUUAUUAUUAAUAUAUAUAUAUUGAAGGGGUAUGUGCAAACUCAGUAUCCCACCUUCUGCUUCCAUUGUUUUCUCCAUUUAGAGAAAAAGAUGUUUUGGGUUAAUUGAAUAGUUAAAUAAAUUUUGUGGUGGAAGGAAAACACGUGCGACAGGAAGCCUUUCUCCUUUGCAUUCUAAAAGUAUUUGCGUUAAUUUUUUUACUGAUUGAUGUGUAGGUAUAAACAGUGCAUGAAUUCAAAAACUUAUGUCAUGGUAUGGCUUAAGUUCUAAAUAUGCAGUUUGGAGUCAAUCUUGUCUGAAAAUCAUACUUGCCCCCAACCCCUUGCAUGGAAAGUCUUCCUGUGUCCAUAGAUGUGCAGAGAAUAAUUGAUGCUUUUUCAGCGAGGAGGAGACAAUGGUACUCUGCACAUGAGUAAUGGCACACUUUCAUAAAUAAAUGAUGCACAGGUCAUAUUGUGAUGAAAACGGCACGGUUACAAAUUGCAGCCCCACCAAGUCAAAAUGUUAACAGCCACCACUUUAAGGAAGGUUAUGUAAGGAAUCAGCUGAUGCCUAAAAAAAUUAUGUCAGCAUGCAAAGGCAGCUGACAUUUGCUGAGGCUGAAUGCAAAACUCAUCAGGUGCAUUUGUCAGAGGAGACACAUUUCAAAUGCAUCUGCGAAUCUGUAGUCCUUUCUGUAUUUCUAGCUCUUACGUCUAGGCCAUCUAUUCUCAAAUACUGUAUGCUUCUUUCCCUUCUAGGUAUACGUAUGGGCAGCCAGUUGAGGGGAAAGCUCAGCUCAGUGUGUGCAGAAAUCUCAAUUUUUAUGGAACUUGCAAGAGGGACCCUAUCUGUGAAUCUGUUAAUAAAGAAGUAAGAUACAUAGUUCCUUAUCAUUUUCUGUCCUUCUUCUCCCUCCAAUGUCUUCUCCUGUUUUCCUUUCCCAUUAGGCCUUUUUGCACAGUCAGAAAAAUUUAUUCCACAAAUAAUGAUGCAGUCCAGUUUGCAAUGAAGUCAAAAGUGCUGCAUCGUCCAAUCCUUUGAAUUAUACUCCGCAGACCUCAGCCCAGUGUAAUAUCCACAGUACUUAUCCUGCCUUCAUGUAAUGGAUAGGGAUGGAGCUGUGUACAGACUUGCUGCCAGGAGACAGAUCAUAGAGAAUCACAGAAUUGUAGAGUUGGAAGGGACCACAAGGGUCAUCUAGUCCAACCCCCUGCAGUGCAGGAAUAUGCAUCUGUCCCAUGCAGAUAUCAAGCCCGCAACCUUGGCAUUAUCAGCACCACACCAGUGGCGGAGGAACCCUCUCUGGCACCCAAGGUGGGAUGCCGAGGGGCGGGGUGAACCGCCUGGUGGCGCACCCACGAUGACCAUACAAAGUGCGCAUGUGCGGCAUCUCGUACGGGGUGCCACUCAGGGGGGUGACAAGAUGGCCCCUGCCUCCCCCCAGCUGUAGAGCGGCCGAGGGCGCACACAGUCAAUAUGAGCGCCACUUAUGUGGCGUCUGUAUGGGCUGCCGCACAUGCACACUCCAUAUGGGCUGCCGUGCACACGCCUUCCAUAUGAGCAUCUGUAUGGGCUGCCAUGCGAGCAGCAUCCUGUACGGAUUGCACAUGUGCGGCAUCCCAUACAGACUGCGCAUGUGUGACAUCCUGUAUGGAGUGCGCACAUGUGGCAUCCAUACUGACUGUGCGUGCCCUUGGCCGCUCUACAGCUGGGGGGAGGCAGGGGCCAUCUUGUCACACACCCCCAGAGUGGCACCUGGGUUGGACCGUCCCCUCCGCCCCCCACUUCGUAUGCCCCUGCACCACAUUAAUCAGCUGAGCUAGCCUCCCCCCUUUUCCAGUCUGUCGGAUGUCAGCUCUAACAUUGCCUCUACAAAUCUGAACAAAACAAAAAUGGUUCAUAAAACUGGGGGCAUGCGGGGACAUAAGAAUAAGGAGCCAUUGCUUGGUGCUCAUUUUUGCUUUUCAUUUAUUGCUGCAUUCUAGAAUUAACUACAGCUCACCUCAUUGGUCUACAGAGCCCCAAGAAUUCUGAGUUCCUUCCUGUAUGAAUAAGUAUCUGGGUCACAGCACAAAGCCAGGGCCAUGGAAACCAGUAGACUGGGGAUUUGUGGAGUGGGAUCAUUUUCCUACUGUAUUCUUCCUUGUGGAGUAAUGGUGUGAUAAGUCACCAAGUUCAGUCUGAAGCUUAUUGGGUAUAGGCUUCUUUGGUUAUAGGCAGUAUUGGGUAUAGGCAGUAAUUGGGUAUAGGCAGUAAUUGGUUAUUGGGUAUAGGCAGUAUUGGUUAAAGCACUCUAAUGGCCUGAAAGCUGUUAUUGGCUGAGCUUCCCCAGAAUCCCGGAGAGGAGAUAAGGGCAGACAGUAGGAUCAAGAGAUGCUGUGACAGAACAAUUAGGGACCUAUGAGAAUACAUGUCUGAGAUGUCAGGAGGCCAAAGGGCCAGACAUGGGCAUGAGGGUUGUGGGAAGGAGCAGCCCAGGGGAAUCUCAGAAGGGAAAGAAAUCUGGGAGAGAAAGCUGCAAAGAUAAGGAAAGUUGGCUUGUAUUGAUUUAAAGACCUCUGAAACUUCUCUAAUUUAUUAAUGGUGGGCUUCCAGAAGCAAUUUCCAGCAUACAUUGGAUACUACAUGAAGAGGAAGAUGCUUUUUUUAGGGCUGCCUUGGCUUGAGUAACUUAGGAGCAAAGGAUAGGGCAUGCAGUCAAAUUUUCUCAAUGAGCCAACUGAACAUGGGCGAGAGAAUUGAAUCAUGUCUGCAGGGCCUUUGAAGCUGUCCAUGGGCACCUUUCAGAUCUUCCAUUGAAGGCAUGGAAGCAGUUCUAGCAGGGCUAUAGCUGUGUGAACAGGGCUAUAGCCACUCCUGCCAAAAUCUUCCAAAUGGAUAUUGGAUAAUUUAAGCAAAAGCACACAUGGGAAACAAUACUUGGAGCUGGUCCACGGGAAAUGGAGGGGCAACAUGUUGCCUUCAAACUCAGCUCUCUUAGGGAUGCUGCAAGGACUGGGCAUGGCUCCAUGAGAUCAAUAGCGAAUAUCAACCUAAGUAGGUGGGCACCCUGAAUCAUAUUCAGACAUCUGGCAUGCAUUAAAACACAGUGGCUUCUUGGAAGCUGUUUCUAUUGUCAUCAAUGGCACUGGGCCAGAUUUUUUGUUGUUGUUGUUGUUGUUGUUGUUGUUGUUUAGUUGUGUCCGACUCUUCAUGACCCCCUGGACCAGAGCACGCCAGGCACCUCUGUCUUCCACUGCCUCCUGCAGUUUGGUCAAACUCAUGCUGAUAGCUUCGAGAACACUGUCCAACCAUCUCGUCCUCUGUCGUCCCCUUCUCCUUGUGCCCUCAAUCUGUCCCAACAUCAGGGUCUUUUCCAGGGAGUCUUCUCUUCUCAUGAGGUGGCCAAAGUAUUGGAGCCUCUGCUUCAGGAUCUGUCCUUCCAGUGAGCACUCAGGGCUGAUUUCCUUCAGAAUGGAGAGGUUUGAUCUUCUGGCAGUCCAUGGGACUCUCAAGAGUCUCCUCCCGCACCAUAAUUCAAAAGCAUCAAUUCUUCGGCGAUCAGCCUUCUUUAUGGUCCAGCUUUCACUUCCAUACAUCACUACUGGGAAAACCAUAGCUUUUACUAUACGGACCUUUGUUGGCAAGGUGAUGUCUCUACUUUUUAAGAUGCUGUCUAGGUUUGUCAUUGCUUUUCUCCCCAGAAGCAGGCGUCUUUUAAUUUCGUGGCUGCUGUCACCAUCUGCAGUGAUCAUGGAGCCCAAGAAAGUAAAAUCUCUCACUGCCUCCAUUUCUUCCCCUUCUAUUUGCCAGGAGGUGAUGGGACCAGUGGCCAUGAUCUUCGUUUUUUUGAUGUUGAGCUUCAGACCAUACUUUGCGCUCUCCUCUUUCACCCUCAAUAAAAGGUUAUUUAAUUCCUCCUCAGCAACACCAAUUAAUUUUAAUCCUUACCCCUCCUCUUUUUCAGCUGGGCAAAGAUGGCUGCCUUGCCCAUGUAUUCAGUUCCAAGACUUUUGAGCUUAAUCGUUCAGGGUACUGGAUGAACCUAGAUGUGAAAGCCAUCGUCACUGAGAAAGGAACAGGUAACCCCUUCCACGUAAUCAGAAAGAGACUGCUGGGAAGAUAAAUAAACAGCAGGCAUGAAACUAUUUUGCAUAGUUUAUUUCAUAUUAGUAAGCUAAUUAUGUUUGUUCUUGGACUCUUGCACAGGGAUACAGAGUGAACGUUCAGCCUACAUUUCAGUUUCUCGGAUACUGGGGACUGUGACAUUUCAGAAUAUGGACCGGGACUAUAAAAGGGGGAUCCCCUAUUGUGGUCAGGUAAAAUGAGAAGCUGAGUAUGACGCAGGCUAAAUGCCUAUAUCUAGAGAUAAGUGACUAAAUUUCAUCUCCUUUAGGAGUGAAACAGCGAAACUGAAGGAAUGCCUUUCUAACUGAGAAACAAAACCGCAUUUGUCACUGAAAUUUCAGCUGAAGGGAAGUUUUAAGUAAAUGCAGGGUGGGACAUAAAAAGAUCUGCACAGGGGAAAUAUCUAAUAAAGUCUGAGGAAAGCCAGUUGUACUAGUAACAAACAUUACGACUGUUCUACAGAUCCCCAGGUUGUCCCUAGAUUUCAUGAAAUCUGAAGUGAAUCUGAGAGCUUCUUUUUACUAUGAAUUUUUUGUUUUCCAAAAUAAUAAAACUAUUGAAAACAACUUCUGCGUACAAGUCUAGUUAUGCAAUACAAUAUCUACAAAAAAUUAAAUUGAAUAUGUAGUGUCAUUUCAAGCAUAUUCUUAAGACAUAAUCCACAGACAAAUUUGAGAAGUUGGUAGGAGGCAGUUGUUAUCUUCUUCCCUUACAUAUGAAAAGAAAGGAGACCAGAAUUCAACUGAGGUAGUUUUACUACCCUUCUAAGCCUUGUUAGUCACUCUGUGAUAGCCACAUCCUGAAUGUUGUUGAACCUCAAGGGGUAGCUCAGCCUGAGAUUUCCAAAAACAUGCUAUCGCCAAAUGUGUGGCCGCCAAUAGGAAAAACCCCCCACAAAUCUUUGUCAAAUAGUGAGGCUAGAAUCUAUGCUUAACGAAAGCAGGGCUAAAUAUGGAUUUGGCGAGAGAGGUUGUUUAACAAUUAUAAAAAUAAUAUCAAAGACCCUGGUCCAGAACAUAUGAACAAUUUUUACAUUCCCACCAAGCAUGGAAAUAAGUUUCGAGAUUCCCACAUCCCCUUCAACAGAGAGGGAAUAAGGAUUUACUGUUUUUUCCUAAGCAAACCAUGAAACUGAGAGCUAUUGUAGAAUACUAGGAGUAUGAGCAGCAAGCUGGAAAAUCUCCAGUUCAAGUCCCAUCUCAGUAUGUGGAGCACUCUGAAAACUUGAAAUUUACUCUGUAAUUAUCAACAUUAACCUGAAGGUUCUUCCUCGUGUGAAACCCAUGAGAAAUGUUGGGGGAACCAAAAUAAACAGUGCAGUCCUAAUUCCCUGAUCUUUGCUGCUUGAUGGGUGGGUGGGUAGGCAGUGAAAUGUCCGCUUCUAUAGAGACCCCUGCUGCUCCUUCCAAAAUAUUGUGUUUGGAGGCAGGCUGCCAUUGGCUUUGGAUCCACUGGAUCCAAAGUCCCUCUGAUUUCUCAAGGGGUCCAAUUUUAAAUGCCCCCCGACUUCUGCAAGGUGACAGGCCUUCAGAUGUGGUGGUCGCUUCGCACCGCUGCUCCUUAGCUAGGGUUCAGGAUCGCUCUGCAAGAUAAAGCCUUGGGUUUGGAGAGCAUUGCUGAGUCAGAGAUGAGCCACUGAUGCCUCUGGGGUUUUCCUUCUCCUUCAGAUAAAACUGGUUGAUGUUGAUGACUCUCCCCUUGGAAAUGAGAUUGUCCAACUACAUGUCAACAACAAAAAUGUGGGCAACUACAGCACCGAUGGAAACGGCACCGCUGAGUUUUGUAUUGAUACCUCAACGUUCUUUAGCUCAGAUAUCUCUCUCAGAGUAAGUGACCGACAGAAGCCAGGGCUAUUGCACACUUCUCCAAACACCUCUUCCCCUUUCUCUUUUCUUAAAGGUGCCAGUGCUGUAUUGCACAUGUUUACAUGUAAUAGGUGGAUGUGGGUGGUUCUGUGGGUUAAACCAGAGAGCCUAGGGCUUGCCGAUCAGAAGGUCGGCAGUUCAAAUCCCUGCGACGGGGUGAGCUCCCGUUGCUCGGUCCCUCUCCUGCCAACCUAGCAGUUCAAAAGCACGUCAAAGUGCAAGUAGAUAAAUAGGUACCGCUCCAGCGGGAAGGUAAAGGGCGUUUCCGUGCGCUGUUCUGGUUCGCCAGAAACGGCUUAGUCAUGCUGGCCACAUGACUCGGAAGCUGUACGCCGGCUCCCUUGGCCAAUAAAGCGGGAUGAGCGCCGCAACCUCAGAGUCGGUCAUGACUGGACUUAAUGGUCAGGGGUCCCUCUACCUUUACCUUUACAUGUAAUAGGUAGCUAGUACCCAAGUCCAGGACUAGGGAACUGUCCCCUUUAAGUAACUACUGUAUUUUUCCGUGUAUAAGACGCCCCCAUGUAUAAGACGACCCCUAUUUUUUUUUUACCCAAAAUUAAGAAAUCAAAUUGUGUAGCUUUUACGGGGGGUGGGGGAGGUCACUUCCGCCAAUCGCUUACCCGCCUGCCCACCACUGCCGAUCGCUUGCCACAGCCACUGCCGAUCGCACACCUCACCGCAACCACCAAUUGUCUGCCCGCUAGCUGCCACCAACAGCCCACUUGCCGCAGCCACAGCCAAUCGCCAGCAGGCCUUGCAGCAGCCCCCAAUCACCCGCCCAAUCACCGCUGCCAAUCUCCUGCUUGCUGCUGCAUUAAUCUCACAUCCCCCCUCUGCAUUCACUAUCUGUGUAUAAGACGACACCCAAUUUUUGCCUAAUUUUUUUUACACAGAAAAACACGGUAUCUCCAAUAAUAGUUGGGGGUACUCCUGGAUCCUUUGCUGUCGCUUGAGGCUCAGGUGGCCUCAGUAGCCUCCAAGUGCCUUCCAUCAGCUUUGGCUGGUGGUCCAGCUACGCCCCUAUCUGGACAGGGAUAGCCUAACUACUGUUGUCUAUGCUCUGGCAACCUCUAGGUUAGAUAACUGCAAUGCGUUAUAUGUAGGGCUGCCUCUGAAGACAAUUUGGAAACUUCAGCUAGUGCACAAUUCAGCAGCCAGAUUGCUCACCGGAGCAAGACGGUUUGAGCAUAUUACACCGAUCCUGGUCCAACUGCACUGGCUACCAAUUCGUUUCCAGGUCCAAUUCCAAGUGCUGGUUUUUGACCUAUAAAGCCUUAAAUGGCUCAGGACUGCAAUACCUCAAGGACCACCUCUUUCCAUAUGAACCUACCUGGACCCUGAGAUUAUUUUCUGAGGCCCUCCUUUGUGUUCCCUCUCCUUGAGAGGUCCGGAGGGUGGCAACACAAGAACGGGGCCUUCUCUGCAGUGGCUCCCCACCUAUGGAAUGCUCUCCCCAGGGAAGUUUGCCUGGCGCUUUCAUUAUACACCUUUAGGCGCCAGGCAAAAACAUUCCUUUUUAAACAGGCCUUUGAUUGAUCUGCCCUUUUAAAAUGUGGGGGUUUUUUGGGCGGGGGGCCUACUGGGUUGUUGUUUUUGUGGGUUUAUAUCUUGAUUUUAUUCUGUGAACCGCCCUGGGACCCCCGGCUCUAGGGCAGUAUCUAAAUUCAAUUAAAAAACAAAAAAAUAACAAAUCAGUCACUAAAGCUGUGUGUCCCUAUUUGCAGCUUGUAAUCUGAAGGCUUCCAAUGACCCUGACUUGUCCAAUUUCCCAUAGAGAAAUAAUGUGAUGAGCUGAUUUCUACAUCUUCCUCCUCUCUGCCCUCCCUUCCCCGUUGCCUACAGCUAAUAUAUAAACCCAAUGAAAAUUGCAACAGUGAUGGCUGGUUAUUACCCUACUAUCCAGAGGCCUAUCAUUCCGUCCAGCGCUUCUACUCCAGAACAGAUAGUUUUGUGAAGAUACACCAAGUGCCAGGAGAGUUGCCGUGCGACCAGGUCAGCAGAAUCAAAGUCUCCUACAGCCUGACUAUAAAAGGACAGAACACUGCAACCUUCUAUUUCUUUGUAAGUAUCAAAGAGCUGCUCGGUUUUCUUUAUUUGACAUGGAAGUAUUUAUUGGGGGUGGGAGGUCAUACGCCUGCAAAAAAAGAAAGAAGAUCAAACAAACAGAAGGCCCCACCAAAAUGCAAAAGGAGGUCUUUGACCCUCAAACAGAUUUCGAGAAGGAAUUUUUAUUAAGCUACCCGACUUGUUUCAAUGAAAUCUUUUUCAGGAAUGAUUAUUGUAAAUGAUAUUUAUUAAAGUUUCAAUAAAAGAUUAAACAUAAAACAUAAAAAAGAAAUACACAAUUCAAAGUAUACAAUACAUAAUCUAAAAGAAAAAGAAAAAAUAAAGAAACAAGAAAACAAAAGACAAAAAAGAGAAUAGAACAAUUAAAAACAGUAUCAUCUUUUCGUCUCCAUUUUUAAAUUUACUUAUUUUCUGGACCUCCUCGUACCUCCCUCCUUUGUAUUCCAGUUCAAACUGUUUGUCCAGCAAUUUCUUUCCCUCUUUUUUUAAUCCCAAUCUUAACUCUUAAUAUAAUAUAACAUUAAAAUUUUACCUUUUAAAAACCAAAUUUCCAUUUCCUUAAACUUUUUUAAUCCUAAUCCUUAAUCUUAAUCUAUCCAUAAUUUUAAAUCCUAAACAGCUGGAAGCCGCUUAUUUUUAAUCCAACAUCACUCUAACAUUCUUUAAUUUUGCAAUGUUUCUGCAGAUAGUCUUUGAAUUUCUUCCAAUCUUCCUCCACCGACUCUUCUCCCUGGUCACGGAUUCUGCCAGUCAUUUCCGCCAGUUCCAUAUAGUAAACUGUUCUGUGGCAAAAAUGUGUUCCCAAAGCAUUUGAGCCAAUGCAGAGCCAGCGGCAGAGCAAGCCGAUCAGGCACCUGGGGCAGCACGCAUGUCCUGUGCCCAGGGGCGGGGCCAGGUGCCCAGGGGGUGGGGCGAGCCAGGGCAGGAUGUUCCGCUGGGCCUCUGAGGAAUCUGCCUGCCUCCUCCCACUCAGCCACCCUACAGCUGAGGGGGAGGCGGCGGGCGGACCUUUUGGGGCAGCGUAGAGCCUGCAGGCACCCAAGCCACCACGUCACUCCCAGCUGGGUUCAGCUGUGGCAAAGCCGGAUGAGUAGAUUGCUCCCAUUCUGUAUCAUUGGUUUUUCUCUGCACUCUCCCUGAAUUCUGAUUUAACUAGGAGAUGAUCGUGCAUGGUUAACAUUUCCUUUUUUAUAUAAAAAGACAUUUUAAAAACUAGGAAAACGGUGAAAUUCGUUCUGAAUGCAGGUUUACUGCUACAUGCUCCAAAGCUGGAAUGAAUUUGAAGUUUUCCUAAUUUUUCUCAUAUCUCUUGAUAUAAAUCAGUUUAUAUAUCCCCCACCCCCUAGCCAGGUUACAGAUAUGCACUGAUAAAACACUGAGUGUGCUGAGCUCAAAACAAUUGAUUCCCUUGCUCAAAAGGAUAAGAACCACUGCCACUAUGGGCCAUAGUUACUGAGUGACAUGAGGACAGGUGGCAACUUUUGCACGGUAAACAUUGCAGGAUUGUGUGUGUACACGAUCAUUAAUAUAUUUUGUACAAGGUGAAUAAGGAUUCACUGAACAGGAGAGAGAAAAAUUAGUUUUGAUACAUUUCAAAAUAUCAAAGGGCUUCCAAACUUGUAUUCAUAAUUGAGAUUCUGCUGUGAGGUGAUUUUUUUGAACCAUACUUCUCCCAUGCCCUUGAGUUACACUGCCUAUUGCUUAUUUCCCUCUUGGUGUGCACAGGUACUGGUGAAGAACAAAAUUAUAAGCUCAGGCAGAAAAGUUGUCACCCUCAGUCGUGGUAAGUAGUGCUGUGCCAAAAUGUAGUGGUGUUUGGUUUUCCUCAUGAAAACUGCCAUUUUGAAGGGUAUGAAAGGGUCUGUAAACCCCCUCCUACUGUUGUGUGUGUUUUCUUGAACCUGUUCACAGCUAUUGUUGCCCCUCAUUCUGCUCUUAGCUGUUGUUGGCAAGAAUUCAGUUCCAAUAUGCCCAAAACGUUGAGAGCUUUUCUUCAUUGGUUUCCAAAUUGGACUACACUAUAGGGCUGAUCUUGGAAAAACUGUUCCUGGAGUGCAAACUCACUGCCUCGUUCCACAGUAAACCUUUAGUGGGGUACCCUCAGUGGGGUACCAUAUUGCCCCCACAACAGCAGUUUGUUUGUUUUCCCCUGCUUGGGAAUAAUCUGGGACCCUCCAGCCUUUGAAACCUCAUCUGGCUGCUACUCCAUCUCUCUUCCCCAAGGUGAUUUGUUUUCUUGGAGGGAGGUACCAUAUUUUAGAGGCUCUGGGUCAGGGCCAUCCCACCCAUAGGGCGGACAGAUAACUGCCUCAGGUGGUGGAGUCCCCCAGGGCACCGCACCCACUGGUGCCCAACGGAAAUGGCAGUGGCUUCUAGCAAGAUCUCAUGAGACCUCACUAGAAUCCACCGCCACGUGACCCUGGUAAGUGAGGCUUUCGUAGAGGGUGGCAGGGGGAAGGCAGCAAGGACAGCACAUUCCCAUUUUGCCUCAGGCGGAAAAACUGGAUGAGCCACCGUAGCUCUGGGUAUAGGAAGAAUGUAGGUGAAAUGUGCCUUGAUUUUGCUUGCAAAAUGUGCUCAUGUGUCAAAUUCUUGCCCCACCACAUACAUUCUUUUUUUAAAAGCCCCAUUGGUUAUUUAUUAUAUUUGUAUACCAUGAUCCUGAAUGGUGAUUGAGUCUGUUGAGCCAGUGUAAUUUUUGUAAGUGUGCAAGCCUCUUUAUCGUCUUCUCUCAAAGCCCUCUGCCAGGAGCCUUGUGUUUCAGGCUGAUGACCCCAGCUUGUCUCUUAUUGUUCUCCAUGCAGAUGAUUUGGCAGCUUCCAAAGGCCACUUUUACAUCUCACUUUCUGUCGAUGCAAACAUGGCUCCCGUUGCCACGCUGCUGGUCUAUACUCUACAUCCUGAGAGGGAGGUGGUUGCUGAUACUGCCAGAUUCGAGAUAGAAAAGUGCUUCCACAAUAAGGUAAGAUAACGCAAUGAGGUAAGAACUGCAAAACACUUCAUAUGCAGGUAAAGGUACCCCUGACUGUUAGGUCCAGUCGCAGACGACUCUGGGGUUGCGUGCUGACAAUAAUAAUAAUAAUAAUAAUAAUAAUAAUAAUAAUUUAUUAUUUGUACCCCGCCUAUCUGGCUGGGUUUCCCCAGCCACUCUGAGCGGCUUCCACAAAGACCAAAAAUACACUAAGAUGUCACACAUUAAAAACUUCCCUGAACAGGGCUGCCUUAAGAUGUCUUCUGAAUGUCAGGUAGUUGUUUAUCUCUUUGACAUCUGAUGGGAGGGCGUUUCACAGGGCGGGCGCCACUACUGAGAAGGCCCUCUGUCUGGUUCCCUGUAGCUUUGCUUCUUGCAAUGAGGGAACCGCCAGAAGGCCCUCGGCGCUGGACCUCAGUGUCUGGGCAGAACGAUGGGGGUGGAGACGCUCCUUCAGGUAUACUGGACCGAGGCCGUUUAGGGCUUUAAAGGUCAACACCAACACUUUGAAUUGUGCUCGGAAACGUACUGGGAGCCAACGUAGGUCUUUCAAGACCGGUGUUAUGUGGAACAUGGCAAUUUGUUCUUAGGAAAGCUCCUUGAAAAGCUGGAUGAGUUAAGCUUUAGUUUCUUUUUGGUCUUCUGGAAUUUCAGAAGUUUGCUCAUUGUAUGGAAGUUGUAUGGCUUACAGCAGAAUGUGAGGACAAGUGUUUAGUGGUUGUCUAACAAUCCCUCUCAGCAUCAGCUUGCCUCCCUCCCUGAUGAUGUUUCAUAGCCUGGGGACUAGCCAUCAGUUCCAACAAGCAUAAGACAUGUUCAGCUAGAAGAUGAAAUAAAUGUGCCCCACUCCAUAAUUCAUUUUCCUAUUCAGCUAUACAGGAAGCCCCUACUGAUAAGUGAAACAAACCCAGUGUAACACAAUAGACCACAACAGGUGUGUCAAUCUACAUAUGGUGGCUUUCUAAGAGUCUAUGAUGGAAAGAAGGCUUUAUAUUAAGGUCAUCUAGAAAUCAGUUGGCCUUCCCAUGAAAUUAACCCUUUAAAUGUUUUAUACUUGAUUUCAGGUCAGCCUCCAGUUCUCCGUGAAAGAAGCUCUUCCAGCUUCAAAUGUCAGCCUUGAUGUCAAAGCUGCUGCCAACUCCCACUGUGCUCUGCGAGCUGUGGACCAGAGCGUUCUUCUCUUGAAGCCAGAGACAGAAUUGUCAGCUGAAAGUGUAAGAGCAAAAGCCACCUGCCUGUUUCUGCCCACACCGAAUCUUGCAUGUUGAGUGUAAUGAUCUCAGGCAGGCAAGCAAGCCCCAAUAAGAACUAAUGAGUCUCCGGCAGUUUUAUGCCACGUUUAUUUACAAUUUACAUCCAGAGCAUGGCUCUGAGCCUGCCGCUAUUAGCUACGAGUUGGUCAUUCUGAGUCUCUGCCCCUGUCACAGCACGAAGGGCGCCAAAGUCCAGUCCUUCCUCUUUUGUACUUCCGUUGCAUUUUAACCCUUUCAGCUCUUCUGGUUCUACCUCCCGGUUGCCUAGCAACCGCCUCAAUGUCAUCUAUCUCCUCCCCUCCCUCUGCCUGUGAGCUUUCCAAGUCUGGGAACUCUUGAUGAAGGGGGGCUGAACUAACCCACUCCUGCUCUCUCUGUGGCUGCAAUCCCUCGCUUCCAGUCAGACUCUUGCUCCCUUUGUACUGGCAAUGCUUCGUCUCCAGAGUCAGACUCUUCCCAGGCGUUCGAUUCAGCCACAUCCCUGACACUGAGUGAUGCAGUAAAGAAUGCUGCCACCUUUCCAACCAUGGCCAGAGGUGGAUUUAGCGCAGCAUGACCAGUUCCCCUGUGCUGGCCACCAAGUUGAAGGGAACGCUGUAGGGCACUGCAAGUAUGACGCAGUGCACACACAGAGCAGAAUAUGAGAGGUGAGGGCACCAAAUUUGGGGCUUGUACAGGGUGCCACUGAAAUUUGAAAGACCAAACUCAGUCACGAUAAAUUCACCAGCUCUGGCGUUUCUAGACCUUUCUCACCACUUUGCUAUUUUUCAGGCUUUUGGGCCCUAGUUGAGAGACAUGUUUUGUCCUGCUCUGAGUAUGAGCCUUUGCUUGCUCCCAUCCUGCCACCCUAAGUGGUAACCAGGAUGACAAAGGGUUGGCUGAGAGGUUGCAAGGGCAGCAGAGAUGUUUAUAACAGAAACCUCUGCUUUGUUGAUGUGCCACUUCUGUAAGGGAUACACUAAAAGUUAGGGUUGCCAUAUUCCCAAAAGUGAAAAUCCCCCCCUGCCCCCAGAAAAAUAUGGCCAGGUUUUCCGGAUAGGUUUUCCGGAUAUUUUGUUGACUCAGCAAAAAUCCACUCAGCCGCCAUUUUGGCAGCCCGAAUCCUGGGCAUAUGGCAGCCCUACUAGAAGCCAAGAUUGUACAGUAUGGAAUCUUCCAAGGCAAACACAAGUCCCACCCUGUGCAGGCUGAACAUUUCAGUCAUUUGUGACACAAAAUUUCAGUGUCUGUGUCCAGAAUUUCAUUUUAUUUUUAGCCCUGUUUAUAACAGACUUCUGCACUGGUUUCUCCUUCUUAGGUCUACAGUCUCCUUAGCUAUGAUAUGUUUGGUUACUACUUCAAUGGGCUCAACCUAGAGGAUGAUCCCCAAGAGCCUUGCAUUCCACCAGACAACAUAUUUCAUGAUGGCUUGUAUUAUGUUCCUGCUAGCUUCAACUAUGGACCAGAUAUCUAUGGAGAAAUAAGAGUAAGACUUGCACAUAGUUCUUUUGUGAGCAGUUAAGAGAAAAGAAAUGUCUAACCAUCUCCAUUCUCAAUAGUGUUUUGGAGGGGGGUGGUUUAUUUAGUGAUUCUCAGCCACAUUCCACUGGUACAUGACUAAAAACGUAUGAUUUGAAUAUUUCUAACUAGCUUUCAAAAUGCAAAGCAGUCAAUGAAAUGGAGUUUGGAAUAUUAAAGGCUAUACAUUCCAAAGUGGGCAAAGUGUCAGGUGACUCAGAGGAGACCCAUAUGAGUCAAUCAGCUGACUUAUAGAGGAAUCAAGUGGGGUAGAGCUGGAAUGUGGUCGAGGAGGAGAACUGGUGUAAACUGUUUUGCAAAUAUGUUUAUAUUAGGCAAAAACGGCAUAUAAAAUAAGGAAAAAUUCUCACUAAGAUGUUGAUUAAUUUUCAUGAGAAAUCUUUUUUCAAAAGUUGUAAUCAUGUAGAAAUGUGGAGAAUUUAAGAUUAGAAAUAUGAGAAAGAGAGAGAAUCUGAAAUUGACAGAUCCCUCUAUCCCUAGGAAGAAAUGAUCUAAAUAAAGAAAUAAUGGAGAUGAUAGUAAUAUUAAGAAAAAGAGGAAUGUGUGCAAAAUCUUGAGCUAUUUAUUAUUAUUUUCAAAUUCAGGCUACGGGUGUAAAGUUUGUAACCAACUCCCGGCUUCGGCAACCAGUUAUAUGCUCCAGUGGCCGUGGUCCUUUUCGGCCUUUUGAGGAGUCAUCUGAAAGUUUUGCCAGAACCACAUCUGGCCCUAUCUUUGCAGGUAAUUUGGGUGGGGAUGGUGCAAACCCGUAAAGUUAGAUGGGGAAUGAAGUGUAGCACUGCAGAACAUCCUGGACUUUCCCUCAGCUUUUGCUACCAUUCAUCAUGGUUUCCUUCUGGAAUGCCUAUUUGGGAUGGGAGGGGGGGGGCUUACUAUUCUGGGCUUACCUAGUGAGUAGGUUCCAGAAGGUAGCAAUGGGGAACUGCUGUUCUGCCCUGUGCCAGAAGCCUGUUGCAUCUCACAGGCUUUUUCACAUCUGCAUGAAGUUGCUAGGAGAUGUCACCUGGAGUUUGGUGUCAACCAUAUGUAGAUGGAGGUAGUGGAAGUUCUGAAUCUGUAUGUGGCAGCAGUUUUGGACUGGAUGAAAGUGAACCAGCCAAAGUUUAUUUCAGACAAGUUGCCUGGGGUUCUGGUAGUCCUGGAUUAUAUGUUUAGCCUAUCUGGGAUAGUACUGCAUUCCUCCUGGAGCAGCAAGCUUAUCAUUUGGGGAAUGCUUUCUUGGAUACAGACCUGAACCUGGAUAUCCAGGUGAUUGUAGUCGCCAGCAGUGCCUGCCCAUUGCUCAGUAAUUUCAGCAUCAAAUGAUGCAUUGUGUGUGCAUGAAGACCAACCUGCAUGUUAUCAAAAACACGGAGAUACUGCUGGAAAUGUUAGCCCUGUGUCAUUCUCUCUUUGCGAUGGCCUGGGACUAGGGCUUGGACUCGGAGCCAGAGGAGUCUCAGUCCGCACCGGAUCCUUUGCCCCAGGUGGCAUCUGAACCCAGUCUGGGGCCUGAUUCUGAAGAGCCCCAGUCUGCAAAGGUUCCCCUGCAACAAGCACCAUCUGGGCCGAGUCAGGGGCCUGAGCCUGUCCUGGCUCCAGAUGCGGGGAUUACCUCGUUGCCUUCAGCUGGGCAAUCACUUACAGCUGCUCCACUACCAAUUGGGUUAGGAGAGGCUGAGGCGGCCUCUGGGUUUAGUAACCCACCAACAUCUCCCAAGCUGCAGAGACUGAGGUCUGAGAGACCUGAGUACUCGCAAGAGGAGUGCUUGCCUUUGGGCGAGACAGGGAGGUGAGUCACUGGGGGAUCAGGACCGGCUGUUACCCUGACAGAGAUAAAAGGCUGCUGGACCCCACCCCAGGUUGCAGGAGCAACGUUGCUGUUUGCCAGAACCUGCCUGUGAUCCUGUGCCUAACCUUGCCUGGUUUCCUGCCUUGUGUCCUGCUUUGGCCCUGUCGGACUGACUCCUCACAGAACCCUUGGAUUCGGGACUGGACCAGGACCGUGUUACUCGGGUUACCCCCGGGCCCAGCACACUCUUCUAUUUCAGGAACUUACGCCUUCCCCAUGUCAUAUCUGCCAUUUUGCUGAGCAUUUUCCAGCACUUGCUCCAUAUAACUGAUGUCAUUCCACAGGAAGGGUUAGGCUCCAGGUUGUUGGUUUCUGGGACCCAGGGGAGCUGGAUAGUCAUCGAAGUAAGCCAGAGCAUGGUCCAAAACAGGCACAACUCCUUCUCAGACCAAGCAAGAUUAAUGUCUACAGAUUUUUUUGCAUAGGGGAUAAUGUAGCUGCUCCUGCGUCCUGCCACUUACCGCUGCAAAUUCAUAGAACUAAGAGUCCAGAUAUCCUUUCUUAUUGUUUUAGAAUCUGCGCCACCGCCACCGCCACCACCUCCUUCAGGAGACGUAUCUCGAGAUAGAGUUAUUGAGACUGUUCGGAGGUUCUUCCCUGAAACUUGGAUCUGGGAACUGUUUGGUAUUGGGUGAGUUGACAUUGGCUGUUAUUGGCAUUGGCCAAAGAUUUUGCAAAGAACAAUGAGUAUCCAGAGUUGGCCAGCACCCAGUUUGUUCUACCUGGGAAUGAGGGAGGAUACUGUUUUACUUUGCAUUUAAAGGUGAAUAUAGCUAAUUCUCACUUUCUGAAGCAAUAUGCAAAUCAAAACAAAGUCAUCCUUCAGAAUUUGCAUGUCUCCAAAUUUUGCAGUGAAGUUCUCCACCCAAGUAUAAAAAUGCAUGUAUCAGUAAAUGUAACUUAGAAGAAUGUGUAAGAUUAGGGGAAAUAUGCUUUGCAAAAAAUGAUAUAUUUGGCAAGAUUGCAUACAAAGCUGCGUGUAAGAGAAAUUUGCAUCAAAAUGCUGGUGGAUUUUCAUAAAGACUUUUUAAAAAUAACAAAAUGAUGUAGGCAUGUGGGGAACUGAAUUUAAGAUUGGGAAAAUGGAAACCUGAGAGAAGCAAAAUUGGCAGAUUCAACCACCCCUGGUUCUACCCCAGGGGUGGUUAACUUGUGGCCCUCCAGAUGUUUCUGGUCUACAUUGGCUAUGCUGAGUGAGGCUAAUGGGAGUUGGGAGUCCAGCAACAUCUAGUGGGCCACAGAAUCCCUCUUCUUGAUCCCUCCUCCUUGCAUGUCAUUCCUCUUUCAAGUUAAAAGGGUGGUUCUGAGGGUACAUUGCCUGAGAUCUACCAAAAUCUUGGAAACAGCUCUAGCUGGGAAUGACAUUCCCUGGGUUCAGUGCCUAUUCUGAGUCUUGCAAAUAAGAUUGCGUUAUGCAAACCACAGAAGGCCUUUCACUGCUCUGUCUGGCAAUUUCUGCACAGGUUUGAUUCUGUUUAUAGAAUCCUAGAAUUGUAGAGGUGGAAAAGACCCUGAGGGUCAUCUAGUCCAACUCCCUGAAAUGCAGGAAUCUCAAGAAAAUCAUGCAUGGCAGAUGACCACCCAACACCUGCUUAAAAACCUUCAAGGAAGGAGAGUUUAUCUCCCGUGGGAGUCUAUUCCACUGUCAAACAGCUCUUACUGUCAUAAAGUUCUUCUUGAUAUUUAGUCCGACUCUCCUUCCUUGUAACUUGAAGCCAUAGGUUUGGGUCCUAGUCUCCAGAGCAGGAGAAAACAAGCUUGCUCCAUCCUCCACGUUGACAGCCUCUUAGCUAUUUGAAGAUGGCUAUCAUAUCUCCCCUCAGUCUCCUCUUUACCAGGCUAAACCUACGCAGUUCCCUCAAUUCUCUUUGCUGCUCCCCACUAACAGAGUUUCUGUGCUGCCAACCAAAUGAUUUUUGCAUCUGCUGUAACUCUGGACUUACCGUAGUCCUUGCAAGGUCAUGUUUCUUCCCCCACCCCUUCUGCUAUCCAAAAACAGGAUAUGUUUUUGAGGGUCCUGUCUUUCUCCAAUUAUCAGAAGCGGGUUAGCAAGAACAGUACAGUCAUACCUCGGGUUACAGAUGCUUCAGGUUGUGCGAUUUGGGGUUGCACACUGCGCCGAACCUGGACGUACCGGACCAGGUUACUUCCAGAUUUCAGUGCAUGUGCAGGAGCGCUAAAUCACGCUUUGCAUAUGCGCAGAAGCACCGGAUCACAACCUGCACAUGCGCAGACGUGGCGCUGCGGGUUGCGGACGUGCUUCCCACACGGAUCACGUUCGCAACCCGAGCAUCCACUGGACAUAUAGUGUCGCCUGCUGCAGUAGGCAGAGUGAUUUUUUAAAAGUGAUGUGGAUUUCAACUUAACCCAACACCAUAAGAACAUGGUGAGGCUUUUCAUCUCGGUAAUGUGGAUAUAAAUAGUCAAGCCUGUGUUUCCAUAUAUACCUUUUUUGUUUUUCUCUCCUUAUUAGUUCAGAUGGACAUGCAAAACUCACCUACACCGUCCCUGAUACCAUCACGGAGUGGAAAGCCAGUGCCUUCUGCUUGGAGAAGCAGGCUGGGUUUGGCAUCUCAAGGCCUGCCACCCUGAUUGCCUUCCAGACAUUCUUUGUUCAUAUGACGCUGCCUUACUCCAUAGUUAGAGGGGAAGAUUUCCUCUGUAGAGUCACUGUCUUCAACUACCUGCAGGAAUGCAUUCAGGUUCAUCCUCUCAUUCCUUCUUUCCUCUCUUUCAUGUCUAGAAAAGGCCCUUGCAUAUUGUUUUUGGGGGUUGGGGUGCAAACCAUCCACAUCAGUGAGAUAAACAGGAAAAGGUUAGACUAAAGCACAUUACACUUGCAAACACAUAGAUUCCUACUGAGUUUGUACCAGUUUAGAUGUUGUGCCUUUUCUUAGGAAUCCUGGGGACUGUAGUUAGUUAAGGUGCUGAGAGUUUCCUUUCAGAGAUCUCCAACUCCCUUCUCACUACAAUUCCUUGGGAAGUGAGACUGAUGGCUAAACCAGUUGCACUCUGUCAGGGCUUUAUUGGCCUAUAUAAACAAUUUGUCUUUUUAAUUAGCUGGCUUAAUUUAUAACACAUUCCCAUUUAUUGUUUUUGCAUUUGUAUUUAAACAGUUAGAUGCAGUUAUGUGCAAAGGAUAUACUUAGAACAUUUACAGUGCCUUCUGAUGGCCUACAUAAUAAAUGUUGAACUACAUUGGUUCCUUGAUCUGGCAGAGAUAUUGUUUACACUAGUGCUGUGCAUCAGAUUCAGAUAAAUCCUGAACCCAAUUGGGCCAAUUCAGGGCCCUUUGUGCCCUGUCUGGCUCAAGUUGAAGUAGCCACAAAUAACCGAAGAAUGGAUUGAGUUGUCCCAAAUCUGUAGAUCACUACAGUUUCUCAGAAAGCCAGACAGACUGUCUCCAAACUGUUGCAAUUAUUAAUUACAGCACCAUAUAAGGAAGGAGAAGGGGAGGAAGGGAACUGAAAGAGGGCUAGAAUGAUCUCACCCAACUUCACCAAUGAUGGUGUUUGGAGAGAGAAGCUAGAUUUUGAGAGCUGCCAAGGUAGCCUAGAAUGCUAUCACCCAACCCAACACUUUCCAAGUACUGUCCCUUAUAAAGUGUUUAGUGGAGUUGAGUGGCAUUUAUUAGGCUUGUGUUCAUCCUCUAUCCUUUCCCAAUCCAUCCCAGUACUGUCCUUAUUUUAUUUUAAGUUUGUCUCCAAAUUUUGGCUCUAGUUUUUAGGUUAGUUUUCUGUUACUAUAGAUCCCUGCUAUAGUAGAGGAGACUGAAUGAAAUACCUUUUUGUCUUGGUUUUCUCUGCCCUGUCUGAGGUUAAAGCAUCCUCCCUUAGUCCUAGGAAGCCAUGCUAACUCUGUUAAUUAACUGUAGUUUCUCCCCUUAUGGCAGGUCAAUGUAUCAAUGGCCGAAUCCCGGGAUUUCCAAGCCCAACUUCUCUCACCUUUGAAUGAUAAAGGAUGUGUGUGUGGCGGUGAGAGGAAAACAUACAUUUGGAAUAUUAGCGUUAAAAAACUUGGUGAGUGAGCUUCUUUCCUCCUCUCUGCUUUGUAAACUGGUAGUCUUGUCUGUUUUAAACUUGCAUAAGAAAUGCAGUUCACCAAAUGUAAAUGCAGAAUGCCUGCACAUCUGACCAACCAAGUCUUUUUUUCUAUAACCAUGCCCCUCCUGCAAGACAGUAAAAUCAAGAGAUUUUAUCAAGCUUCUGGUGGGGUACAUUCAGCUUGAUGUUUGGGGAUGGGUGACUAUGUCCAUUUUGUUUUCUCUCACUUUCUGAUUUUUCCAUUCUUAAAUUUAGUUCUCUACUUCAGUUUGUUCAUUUUUUCCCUAAUAAAUAAAUCAAAAAGCCAUCAUGAAAAUUCAUCAGCAUUUGGGGGUGAUUUUUCUCCUACGGUACGCGCAGUGCUGGAUUUAUGUACAAGCUAAACAAGCUGUAGCUUGGGGCCCCACUCUCUUGGGGGCCCCAAAAAAAUUUAAAGGAAAAACACUGGAUGUACAUUUCCAAAAUAGAAGAUAAAAAACAUAUAAAAUAAAACCUACAUACAUUGUGUAGGCUCCUGUGAUGUAAGUAAUGGGCCCCGCCUGCUCCCUAAAAUAUCACUGAUUUGCUCAUUUCUACAUAUAGGGUGCCCACAUUCUGCAUGGACUGGUUGUGUGGCAACAUGUGCAAAUGGCUUUAGAUACCUAUUAGGUCCAGAAAUUACUAUAUAGCAUAUAUUCAACACACAAAAAACAGUGACAAUUUGUUGUUGACAAAGGACAGCUGGACAUAUAAAGGGCCCCAUUACCUUCAGUAGCUUAGGGCCUCAUCAAACCUCAAUCCAGCCCUGGGUGUGCAUUUUUAGAUGCAGGUUUGUGUAGUCCUCCCUCUGUCAGGGCACAUUGGGAGUGUCUCACAGAGUUCUCUCUAGAAAACCUCCAGGAAAAAUUCUGUGAGCUUCAACUCAUAUCCUGUCCCUAUAAAUUGUUGGCCUGGCUGCCCUUUGAAUAUCCCACUGUUUGCCUAAUACGCACAUAUUCACGUGGCAACUUUUUCUAAUAAAAUGAAUUUUUGUAUGUUAUUUUCACUAAUUUAUGCAUCCAUAUGCAUGCUUUACCCUAGUACUUGCAUUUUUGUACACAUUGCUUGUCUGGAGAACUGCAUUGCAAAAUUUGCGGAAGUGCAAAUUUUGAAGGAUGGCUGUGUGUCAGUUUGCAUAUUAUUUCAGGAAAUUAUAAUCAGGUAUAUAAACCUUUAAAUACAAACUAAAACAAUUUUCUCCCUCAUCUGUAAACACAAGUUUGCAGGUCUAUAAUUGGCCUGUUUUCCAGUGUUGAUCAUCUCCCUAAUUUUGUAGCUCCAUAGAACUCAAUAGUUUAAUUCUAUAUUUGUUCAUUUGCAUGAACCACCAGCUCUGCAUUCUAUUAAGCUCAGAUCCAGUUUCCCACUAGGAGUUUUUCAGUAUCCUGACCCUUCUUGCUUUCAGAGUUAUAUCUGUAGAAGAAAUCUGAGAAGCUGAAAAUUUGCCCAUGAAAGGUUUUAUUUUGGGUUUUUGCUGCAUCUUUUCCAGGAAGCAUAUCAAAAAGACAACCCGCCAUGGGUAAAUUACAUGCAAGUUCCAAAGAGAAACUGGCACAAUGAGAGCAAGAUCCUUGUGUAGACAGAAGGCAAAAAAACCCUAAAUUAAUCGAUUUUCUAUUUGUAAUCUUCUUUCUAAGGGCUCACCCAGACUUCCUUUUGCGUUGCGCUUUAAAGGUCCAUAUUCAAGUGGGUUUUGUUUUCUGGUUUUUGUCCCGAUUCUUUCAGCAGGAAAAUCCAUGUUUUAUCACUGAAUUGGAGCAAAUGGCAAUCCACACACACACACACACUAUUACUGCUUGCUUCGAUUCAACAGUAAAAUGCAGGUUUUCCCAGGGAAAGUGCCAGAACAAAAAUAAAAAUUAAAAUGUUUGCUUUCAGGUGCUGUGACCUUGUCUGUUACUGCUGAAGCUCCAAAAAACAGCGGGGACUGUAGAAAUGGAACAUCUGGGGGCUUGGAUGUGGGACGGAAGGACACCCUGAUCAGAGAAUUGCUAGUAGAGGUACAGUGAGAAGAUCUGAGCUUCAAAAAAUGUGCUUCCUUCUCAGCGGCUAAUUAGCUAAUUCAGUCAGGAUCAAAUGUGGAGCAAUUCCCGUUUUUCUCUGUAAGGGUAUCUCAUACUUGCUACACACUGCGUUUUACACCCUGUGGACUGGACAUUCGUUUCCUUCCACCACUUUCCCUUUCCUUCCACUACUGUGCAAACACAGUAUAACAUCCGAAGUACUUUGUGUUAUUGUCAUUUUGAAAAUGUAAGUAGCUUUUAUGAGCUGAAAGGCAGGAAAGAAAAAAUUAAAUGGUGAUGAUAAUUUAUUUAUACCCCACCCAUCUGGCUGGGUUUCCCCAGCCACUCUGGGUGGCUCCCAACAGAAUAUGAUUAUGAUUAUGAUUAUGAUUAACAAAGCAAUAAAACAUUAAACAUUAAAAACUUCCCUAAACAGGACUGCCUUCAUAUGUCUUCUAAAAGUCAGAUAGUUGUUUAUUUCCUUGACAUCUGAUGGGAGGGCAUUCCACAGGGCGGUGCCACUACCGAGAAGGCCCUCUGCCUGGUUCCCUGUAACCUUACUUCUCACAGUAAGGGAACCACCAGAAGGCCCUUGGAGCUGGACCUCAGUGUCCAGGCUGAAUGAUGAGGCACUCUGCAUUGUGAAAUUCCAGUAGCAAAGCUGGGAGGCAGAGAAGAGCGGGGAGAUAUGAGAACUCAACAAUUGUUUAUAUAUGCAACAGUUUAAAUGAAUGGUGGAACUGCACAGUUUUAAGUUUUGACAACUUGCUGGGGGGUGGGGUCGGGAUGUAUAUGUUUAACUUGCUCUUAGACAGUCUAGUUUGUUUUCGUGAAUUACAUUGUAAUAUCCAGCAUCUACAAACAACAAAAAUCUGAUCGACGAGAAGCAAGGGAAUUCAGAGAGUUAGAUUCCAAAAGCCAUAGUAAGCCUAGACAGAUAUAAGUCAGCAUCAUGUUACACUACAAUAUGAUACUGCUUCUCAAUGUGAGUGUCAGUGGUGAUAGUUAUCAUUUAUAAAGAUCUAGGAUUUCCCUGUUUUGCUAUUUCUUUGUUUCAUUCAUUCUUCAUUCAUUCAUUUGUAUGUCCUCCUUCUGCCUCUUGUUCUCAUAGCCUGAAGGCAUUGAAAGAGAAUUAACCCAGAGCAGCCUUAUCUGUGCAAAAGGUAAGAGGGUUGCUCUCUUCUGGUGGGCUGCUAUGACCAUGGGAUCUGGAGGAACCUGUCAAAAAGUAAUGAAAGGUUCAUGGGAUCAGCUAAUAGUACUGUACUGGGGGUGCUGCCUUUUUCCUGCUGCCUGCAAAUAAAAUAAAAAUAAAGAAUAGCCUUGCAUCACUUCUGCUGCACAUUUUCUAUGCUCGGCUUAUAUGGGGAAAAUGAUUAAACCAGGGUUUAAGGGUUUAUUUUUGAGCCCUGUCAAAUCACUAGGAUGUACCUAGUCAGAAGAGGAAUGCUUCCAACAUUCUCCUCAGCUGAAUUUCUGUUGAUUUUUGGCGUUCCAAAUUACCUGGGGUUGUUUCUGAAGUGGAACUGGGCUCUUUUGUUCUAGUUUUCAUAUAUAUCUGAAUGUUGUACAGAGCACAAAGACAGGCAGUUUGCCGCAGUUCUUUGUUCAGUUCAUUUUGUCUUCUAUUCCUCUACAUACCUAGUGUGCAAAAAAAUCACUUUUGUUACAGUAUUUAUGGCUAGUUGACUAUUAUUUUUGCAUAGUGUUUUACGAAUGUGCAGGAACAUCGGUAAGAAAAUAUACCGAAAGCCUUGAAUGGUAACAUCAAGCCUGCUCGACUGUGAGUGGGUCGUCGUGAGAUCUAGGGCUUCAGUUCUUAUGUCCCGGUUAUGGAAUUCCUUGUCCAGAAAAAAUAUGCCUGGCCAAUCUUUGUGCAAUGGCCAGACAAUUUUCUCUGGGCAAGAUCUUUUGUGAAUAGGAUGGUGUGGCAUUUGCCCUCCUAGGUGUGUGACAUCAUACUGGGUUCAUAAGGAAAGGGUUAACUAAGUGUAAAAUGACUAACCAAUAGGAACCCAAGAGGAGGAGUUAGAGUUAGAGUUGUUAAGAAGUCAGUCUGGAGUUAGGGAAGAGACAGAGAAAGGAGAAGCCUGUAGGUUGGGCUAGUCUGAUGUGGGAGAGUGAGAGAGUCUGUUAAGAGGAGUCAGUCAAACAGUUGAGAUAAUCAGUCAGAAGGUAUUAGGAAGGUAUAGGCCGGUAAAGAAACUAAAGUUAAGAAACUGACAAGAAUAUUAUCUGAGAAACCAUAAACUUGUUUAAUUGGUUCAAUUUUAACAACCGUCUGGACUCAGUGUGUACCCGAGAGUAACGGGUUGGUGGCAGUGGGGAAGCGAGCACAGUGAUGGCACAGGGAUCACUAGACCGUCAAACAUCCGGGGACCCUGUGUGAUCGCCACAGAUGGCGUCAGGGCUGAGCGGCUGUCAGCUGUCAGAGAUGAACCAGGAAUGGCAUCAUGGUAUCGCAGUGGAAGAACUGAGAUAGGGGUCAGAGUCACGGAAGGAAGCCAGGAGAGCCCUUGGAGGCAGUGUUGCCAAGGGGCGCUUCGAAACCUGGAGACCUAGAAAAAAACCCUGCCUUGCAUAGCAGUGACACUCAAAGCAAGCUUUUGAAAUGUAUAUGUGAACAAACAGAAGAGGGCUCUCCCACAUUUAUAAAUAGGCAGCAAGAUCAAUCUCUUGAAGCUGAUUGCUGUGCACCUAUUUAUGCUUAUUUUCUGCAUGUAGCACUUGGUUUCUAUACUCCUUUGCAUUCAAAUAAAUAAACAAAUAAAUAAAUAAAUAAGAAAGAGAAAGAAGGAAGGAAGGAAGGAAAGAAGGAACGAAAGAAAGAGAAGGAAAGAGAAAGAAAGAAAGAUAGAUAGAUAGAAAGAAAGAAAGAUUGGUAAAAUAAGCUACUGAACUAUGCAGGACAUAUUAGUUAAUUUGAAACCCAAGAAAGAAAGAGGACUCUGAAAUGUCUAAUGCAUAUCUGUUAAGCUUUGUGUACAGAUUUUUACAUUAGGAAAACUUUUAUAUGUCACUUGUAACAUGAUGAAGAAGGUUUAAAAUUGAAACAGAAAGAGUAUAAGGUUUUUUAAGAACGUGCAUGAAAGGGCAUUAAAUAAUGAAACUAAGAGGGGGAGGGGAGUCAAUCAAAAUUAUGAUUCAAAAAUUUGUUGAAGAUUUUUUCUUGUUAUAUUUGGAAAUUUAAUAAAUUGUUAUUUUAAAAAUGUAUUUAAAUACAUUUUAAGUUUAAUAUUUUAAUUGCAGGUGCUGUUGUCUCUGAGCCAGUGUCUCUGAAACUCCCUGAAAAUCUGGUGGAAGGAUCAGCCAGAGCUUACUUCUCUUGCAUAGGUCAGUUUGUAGGUUUCUUGAAAGGACAAGGUUGUCGUUCACUCUCACUCAUUUGGGUAAUGAUCUUGGAGAUGUUUUAGCUGGAAUCUUAUUUUGCUUCUUAUGAAUCAGGAGACAUCUUGCAUGUCAGAAAAGAUUUGCUUGCAAAAAUAUGCACAUAUGUCAUGCUGACAAAACAAUAUUUUUGACAGGAGACCUCAUGGGCACAGCUAUGCAGAACCUUCAUCAACUUCUCCGGAUGCCCUAUGGCUGUGGGGAGCAGAACAUGGCGCUCUUUGCACCCAUCAUUUACGUCAUGGAGUAUCUAAAGGCAACAGGACAACUGGAUGAGGAGACCAAAUCCAAGUCCAUUGGAUACUUAACCAGUGGUAGGAGGCUUGUGGGCAUUCCAUGGCUGUCGUGUUUGCCACAGUGUGAACAGAACACCAGACUAGAUGGACCUUUCCUCUCAUUCAUUAGUGCUUUCCUUAUAUCCUUAUGGCUAACACUUUCCUUGGCAUUCAUUUUGCCCUGGACUAAAUGUGGCGUUGGAUUGAACUGCAAGUACACAAACACACAUGCUGCCCAUCAUCUUCUCUGAAAAUGUCCACUGGAAAGGCCAUUUUACUUUUGAAACACAACAUGGAUCUGCAUUUGUGGAUCCAACCUUUUAAUUUAAUUAAGAACACUUAAAGGUAAAGGUAAAAGGACCCCUGACCAUUAAGUCCAGUCGCGAACGACUCUGGGGUUGCAGUGCUCAUCUUGCUUUACUGGCCGAGGGAGCCAGCGUUUGUCCGCAGACAGUUUUUCUGGGUCAUGUGGCCAGCAUGACUAAGCCGCUUCUGGUGAACCAAGAGCAGCACAUGGAAAUGCCAUUUACCUUCCCGCUAGAGCGAUACCUAUUUAUCUACUUUCACUUUUAUGUGCUUUCGAACUGCUAGGUUGGCAGGAGCAGGGACCGAACAAUGGGAGCUCACCCCAUCACAGGGAUUCGAACUGCCGACCUUCUGAUCGGCAAGCCCUCGGCUCUGUGAUUUAGACCUCAGUGCCACCCAUGUCCCAAAGAACACUUAAGGGUGUCCUAAUCAUAUAGUCAAAUUUUAUGUUGAGCACUUUAGGGGGAAAAUGCUGUUUCUUUCCUGCGACUGAGAGCUGGCUGCUCUGCUCCUCUCUUUGGGGUCACAUUUUAAUUCUCCCUCUCUCCCUCCCUCCCUCCCUCCAUGUCCUUUGGAAGAAGCAGGAGGAGAAACUGAACAUUGCUCCUGAAUGACAUUGGAUGGGGUUGGAGUUUGAAUGCAGUAAAAAAAGUAAAACGCUACAUAGGGAUAUGUGAGCAGUUUUUCACUGGUAUAGCAGCAUAAAAUGAUUAAAAAUCAAGCAAUAAAAAGACAACGCAAUAACACAUUAUGAAUGUAAAAAGUAAGAUGCCAUAUAUCCAUCUACAUUAUCAAAAACAUUUUUAACUCUUCCUUAACGUUAAAAACCAUGAGUGUAGGUUCGCCUUAGGUACAUGUCCAGAGGCAAGAUAGUACAUCCUGGGUAGGGGCCUUCUUUGAGUUGCUCAGAUGCACAGAAUUUGUUUUCCAUAAUAAUGCCAUCAGUGCCAGAGUAGGCAAUUAAUCACCCCAGUUAAGGCUGUAAUCCUUUUUUUUUUUAAAUUAAUAUUUAUUAAAGUUUCAGAAAAAAUAAAAUCACAUUAAUAAACAAGAAAAGUUUGAAAAGAAAAAAGAAAAAUACAGAAUAGAAAAUAGAAAAUACAAAAUACAAAAAGAUAAAAAGAAAAAAAAACAGUUAAAAACAAUUCCGUCUUUUCAUAACUUCUUUUACAUUUACUUGUUUCCCGGACUUCCUCAUACCUCCCUCUUUUGUAUUCCAAUUCCGGUUGUUAAUCCAGCAAUUUCUUUCCCUCCUUUUUAAUCCCAUCAUUAAUCUUAAUAUAUUAUGACAUUAGAUUUUUACCUACCGUAUUUAAAACCAAUUUUUCCAUUCUUUUAACCUUUUUAAUCCUAAUCCUUAAUCUUAAUAUAUUUAUAACUUUAAAACCUAUACAGCUAGAAGCCACUUAACUUCAAUCCAACAUCACUCUAACAUUCAUUAAUUUUGCAAUGUUUCUGUAAAUAAUCUUUGAAUUUCUUCCAAUCUUCUUCCACCGACUCUUCUCCCUGGUCACGGAUUCUGCCAGUCAUUUCCGCCAAUUCCAUGUAGUCCAUCAUUUUCAUCUGCCAUUCCUCCAGUGUGGGUAGCUCUUGUGUCUUCCAAUACUUUGCAAUAAGUAUUCUUGCUGCUGUUGUAGCAUACAUAAAGAAAGUUCUAUCCUUUUUUAACACUGAUUGGCCGACUAUGCCCAGGAGAAAGGCCUCUGGUUUCUUCAAGAAGGUAUAUUUAAAUACCUUUUUUUAGUUCAUUAUAUAUCAUCUCCCAGAAAGCCUUAAUCUUUGGGCACGUCCACCAAAGGUGAAAAAAUGUACCUUCAGUUUCUUUGCAUUUCCAACAUUUAUUAUCAGGCAAAUGGUAGAUUUUUGCAAGCUUAACUGGGGUUAUGUACCACCUGUAUAUCAUUUUCAUAAUAUUCUCUCUUAGGGCAUUACAUGCCGUAAACUUCAUACCUGUGGUCCAUAACUGUUCCCAGUCAGCAAACAUAAUGUUAUGUCCAACAUCUUGUGCCCAUUUAAUCAUAGCAGAUUUCACCGUUUCAUCCUGAGUGUUCCAUUUCAGCAGCAAGUUAUACAUUCUUGACAAAUUCUUAGUUUUGGGUUCUAACAGUUAAGGCUGUAAUCCUAGGGUAGGACUUCCUAGUGGAAGUCAGUACGAAGUCUCCCAGUAGUGCAACAGGGAUCCUCACAUCUUCUCCCCCUGUACACACCCCAAAAUUGGCUUGGGGGUUCAGGAGAACCCCUAGACCAGUGUACAAGGGGAGGAGUGGGGGGAACCAUUGCAUCUGCCAAACUGAAAAGUUUGGACUGACAAAACAAUUGCUAUAAAGCCACAUUGAAUUCUUCCCCGGGACACAUUUACUUGGGAGUAAGCCCUAGUCAUGAACAUGCUUUGGAAACAUACAUAGGAUUGUGCUGUACUUUUAAACUGCUAAAUUGCAAACACAAAUAUUGGGGGCUUUUAAUGUUAAAUUAAUGUUUUGUUUUAAAAAUGUGUGCUCAGUUUUUUAAAAAACUACAGACUUUUCCGCAUUCUUUUUUUCAGGGUAUCAGAGACAGCUGUCCUAUAAGCACCCAGAUGGAUCCUACAGUGCCUUUGGAAGCAGGGACAAGGAAGGCAACACCUGGUGAGAGCUUGGAAAAUGCAGUAGUGUGAUUGGUCACAGUGAGUGGAUGCCAGUUCUUCUCUGUUUACGUGGGAUAACAUUUCAUGAAGUGAACUAUAGUCCACAGAAAGGUUGCACUGUAGUGUCACUCUUCAAGGUGCCACAAGGCUCUUUCUUUUUCUCCUCUGGUCACUAACAAUACACUAACAAAAACGUUUACCUUCCUGCCACAGCGGUACCUAUUUAUCUACUUGCACUGGGAGACUUUCAAACUGCUAGGUUGGCAGGAGCUGGGACAGAGCAAUGGGAGCUCACCCCGUCACAGGGAUUCAAACCGCCGACCUUCUGAUCAGCAAGCCCAAGAGGCUCAGUGGUUUAGACCACAGCGCCACCCACUCCCACUGGGCUCAAGAGAGCUUGACCUGAGUUUGGCUGUGAUUGCUAAUAUUCCAUGGCAUUCUUUUGCAGGCUCACUGGCUUCACGUACAAGUCUUUUGCAAGAGCUUCAAAGACCAUUUUUAUUGAUCCAAAUGUCCAAACUCAAAGCGUCAUCUGGCUGUCCAGCAAGCAAAAAUCAGACGGAUGUUUCCAAAAUGUUGGAAAACUCUUUAACAACGCAUUGAAGGUGAAGGCUAUGGGCUUGUUGGUUUGUUGCAAAGCUCUCCUUCUGGGGCGGUGAUGCUUUUUUACUUCCUGGCAAAUGCUUCCUCUCCCUGAGAUUUCUGACCCUUAGCCAUCUUAAGUACCUGUAUUAUUUGGAUAUAGGCUGGGAGAAGGAGAAAGAGAGAGAGCUGGGGAAACAAGAGACUUCUUGUUAGUAUUAUACAUGACCUAGAUUUAAGUGAGCCAUGAAGUUUCCUGCCGUCACCUCUGAAUCACAGCCUAAACCUCUCAGCCUGCUGUACAUCACAGGACUAUUAUGAGGAUAGAAUGGGAUAACUACUAGGUAUGCCACCUUGAGACACUCGGAUAAAAAGCGGGUGUUAUGUACUGAAGUUUUCACCCUGGGCCAGCAGGGGGAUACUGUAGAUAGUUCAGGUCCACAUAUGCAAAUAAGGGAUCGAAAGUGAUGUUCAGUGAUUGGAUAGUUACAGAAAAUGGUUACUGUUGCGUUCUAGUGGUGCUCUAUAUAAGCAGGCUGGCUGAACCCUUCAGUUCAGUUCUGUUCUAGCCUGUGAAUAAACAAGAGCUGUUUGAAGAAUCGCUGUGUCGUCUGAUAUGUUCGCCCACAACUUAACAGCGGGGAACCAAUGUGAUUUUAAUAACAAAUGUAAUGGGCCUUUCAACAGCAGGUAAAUGCCUUCAUGUUCCAAGAGGCUUUUGGGAACCUCACCAAACCUGCUAUUUGCCUCCAUGUUGUCCCCUUCCUUCCUUCUUCAUUUUUCAAACUUGUUCUCUCUUUCUGUGUUGUGCAUUUCAAGGGAGGAGUAGAAGAUGAGCUUACGCUGUCGGCCUACAUCACUGCAGCUCUCCUUGAGUCUGGAUUUCUCAGCUCGGUAUUUAUUUUCUGGUGUUGUCCAGUUAAUUUAGUUCAGGAUUGAAGAAAGUGCAUGUGAUAGUAGACUGAGAAGAAAUAGUUUAGGCAUAUAGAAAUGGUGGAGAAAGGAAGCCAUACAUGGACUAUUGUCCAUGUUUCUGUUUUGAAUGUCUAGAUCGGAUGCAGUGUGCCUGGAAGAACAGCAUAGGAUGUUUGCUUGAUGUUUUUAACCUGUUUGAUGUUUUUUGUGGCAUCUGCAAACUCUUACAGAGCCUUUCUCUUCCUCCAACCCAGCAUCCAGUGGUCCGAAAUGCCCUGUAUUGCUUGGAGGCCGGAUUAGAAAAGGGAAAUCUCACUGUCUAUGACCAAGCACUUCUUGCUUACGCCUUCCGCCUAGCUGGUAAUAAGCCCAAAGCGGAUCUCUUAUUGGAUGAGCUGAUUAAAUCGGCUACGAAAGGAGGUGAGUCGCAUUUCCCAAAAUGUGGACACAUUUGACAGAAUGAAUGACGUGUUGAAACAAGAAUGAGCAGUCAUGUGAGCAAAAUUAUAUAAUGCUUUGGACAUUCAGGAGUGCCAACCAGGCUGAGGGCCUUCUCGGUAGUGGCGCCCACCCUGUGGAACGCCCUCCCGUCAGAUGCCAAGGAAAUAAACAACUACCUGACUUUUAGAAAGCAUCUGAAGGCAGCCCUGUUUUUAAUAUUCUGUUGGGAGCUGCCCAGAGUGGCUGGGGAGGCUCGGCCAGAUGGGCUGGAUAUAAGUAAUAAAUUUAUUAUUAGUAUUAUUAAUAUUUAUUUAUUUAUUUAUUUAUUUAUUUUCUUUGCACAUAGGCUGGACCCUCCAUUACACUCACCAAAUAAGACCCAAAUUUGCAUAAAACCUGCAUACACUUUGUCACAUACAAAUUUGUACCCUUUUUUUCAGGCAGGGGUAGAGCACACAAAAACGAAUCAGGAGUCACAAAUAAUAAGCUGUCCAGCAAACAGAAUAUCAACAGGUGAAGCAAUCCCCAGAAUUGUAGUCCCAUACUAUGAAAGGCUUACUCAGUUGAAUAACUGCCUGCCACAUAGUUGAUAUAGGCAUGAGAGCUCUGCUGACCUCUACUGCCAACCCCAAACCAUGCAAAGAACUCAGGUUUCAUGAGUUGUAACUUGUAAACGAGCCUAUGCUACUGUAACUCUUUUAUAGAGCUUUUAGGUAGACAAUACUGCAUUCGUUGAGUGACCAGAAGUGGCAUUUCAGAUGGAUGGAGUCAAAAGUGUCUUAAGAUUUACAGCAGUUCUGCUCACGUUUGGAUAAAUUCAAGAUUUAAAUAGUUAAAAAGCAAACAGUGUGUUCAUUUGCUGGUGUUAUUUAUUAAUACCUCAUAACAGCUACAGCACACACACACCCAUUUUUGAACAAAAGGGAUUUGAGAUCCCCACUCAGUCAUGAAGCUCACUUGCUGUCAAUGGAUCAGGCACUGUCUCUUCGGCUAACUUGCCUCAUGGGCUUCAUUGGAAAGUAAAAGGGAAAGGGAAAGAACUGCUAUCAGUAAAUUGCAGCUAGGAAGGCAACAUCAUGCACAAUACUGACUCUUUUCUUGAAAUUAAAACAAUGUCCAAAUACUUGUUAAAAUAUUCAAAAGCUUUAACUUGCAGAAGAUAUAGCUAAAGAAGGAUAUAUAUACACCAAUUCCAAGAACCUCCAUAACCAGAGAGGGGGUUUAUGGGGGCAUUCACCCUUCCCUGAAUAUUGCUGCUAUAGUUAAUUUAACCAACCCCCGCCCCCCAUUCCACUGUUGCAUUUCCUUAAGGAAGAAAACAACACAUCAAGAGAUCAUAUAACAAGACUACUUCAGUUGCAAAGCACAUAGUGAACAUUUCUCUCCAUUCCACGCUGUUAAAAACAGCAGCAACAAAAAGUUUGGGCCGCUCAAUAUAUGUUUAAGAUUAACUUGUGUAACUGUAUAUUGGGUGGGGGGGUGGAGAGAGAGAGAAAGAAGUGAUGAGACUAGAAACCGAAGCUGAAUAAAGUCCGGUGGUCUCUGUACAGGGGCUUAAUGAGGCAGAUCUCUGCUUCUGUGAUAUUUCCCCUCUGGAUCUGGAGGAAGAGUAUCAGAUUCCUGCAAGGAAAUAUUGGUUUGACCUGCCUCUGGACUGUUUCCUUAGCCUCUCUUUCAAUUGUUAGGUGGCUCACUAUAUUGGGAGCGUGAGGAUAAGCCACCUGCAGAAGAGUCUCCUUCCUUCUACCCUCGUGCCUCAUCGUUUGAGGUCGAGAUAGCUGCUUAUGUGCUCCUUGCAAUGCUCUCCGGAACCACACCGACUCCAGCACAACUGACAACAGCUUCGCAGAUUGUCCUUUGGCUUACCAAGCAGCAGAAUCCUUAUGGAGGCUUCAGCAGCACCCAGGUAUAGUAACUCCUGUGCUCUGUCCUCCAUCACAUGGGCUACAGUCAGGGCUCUGCAUACUUGGCAAUAAAAUCAUUCAUAUAUAUAUAUGAAUAACUCAGAGGAGUUAUGAGCUAUGCCAUGCAGGGCCAUCCAAGAUGGACAGGUCAUAGUGGAGAGUUUUGACUAAAUGUGAUCCACCUGGAGCAGGAACUGGCAAGCCACUCCAGUAUCCCUGCCAAGAAAACUCCAUGGACAAAGACAACAACAAAUAUUUAUAUAUAUUUGUUGUUGUUGUUGUUUAGCCAUGUCCGACUCUUCAUGACCCCAUGGACCAGAGCAUGCCAGGCACUCCUCCUGCAGUUUGGUCAGACUCAUGUUCAUAGCUUCGAGAACAUUGUCCAACCAUCUUGUCCUCUGUCAUCCCCUUCUCCUUGUGCCCUCAAUCUUUUCCAACAUCAGGGUCUUUUCCAGGGAGUCUUCUCUUCUCAUGAAGUGGCCAAAGUAUUGGAGCCUCAGGUUCAGGAUCUGUCCUUCCAGUGAGCACUCAGGGCUGAUUUCCUUCAGAAUGGAUAGGUUUGAUCUUCUUGCAGUCCAUGGGACUCUCAAGAGUCUCCUCCAGCACCAUAAUUCAAAAUCAUCAAUACUUUUUCUUAAAUAUAAAUUACACUUCAAAAUAUUCAUUUCGACAACCUUAAAUCAAUGACUUCCCUUCUCCUCUUUCCGUGGUUCAUUUUGCAUACCAUCCAUUCCUGCAUAUUUUACCUGAACUUACUAAACCAUUCAGUAAUCCAAUGUUACAUGCAUCAAAUCUUAUUUACACGGUUAAAUUUAUCUUAAUGCUACCAGCGUUUUCAAAUGAACACAAUUUUCACCCAUAUACGCAGUAAACAUUUUUCCAGUCUUCUUUAAACGUGCCUUCUUCUUGUUCUCUUAUUCUAUAUGUUAAAUCUGCAAGCUGCGCAUAUUCCAUCAGUUUAAGUUGCCAUUCUUCUUUGGUUGGGACCAGGGGUGUAGGAAGGGGGGGGCGGUGGGUGUGGUCCACCUCGGGUAUCAUCUCUGAGGGGUGUGUGUGACCAAAUCCCCCUUGGGCAGGGAUCUCCUCGCUGAUCGCCCCCCUGGGUGCCCGAGCGGCUAGCUACGCUGCUGGUUGGGACCUUGCUCGUUUUCCAUUUUUGGGCUAACCAAACAUGGGCCGCCGUAGUAGCAUACAUAAAUUGUCUUUUUUGACACCUGGGAAUUUCCCUCUGAAGUAUCCGCAACAAAAAGGACUCUGUUGUUGUUGUUGUUGUUUUUACAGUACUUCUAAACAUUUUUUUCAGUUCAUUAUAUAUCAUUUCCCAAUACUCUUUUACCUUUCUAAGUCCACCACACAUGAUAAAACGUACAUACUCGGCAGUAAAAUCGACCAAAUCAAGAGGGUGGGUAAGGGAAAUGAAAGUCUGUGUGGUGUAACAGCAGGGAGUGAAGAGGGCUGGGUUCUAAAUCCUGCUGGGCCAUGAAGCUCACUGCGUGUUGUUGGGUGCCCUCGGUUGCAUCCACCUAAAUCACUGUGUGUGGAAAAUGUCUUCUGUGAGCAUAACUUCUGCUCUUUUCCCAAUCCACCCCCUAAUGCUGAUCUGGGGGAUCCCCCAGCCCUCUGGAGCAGAUUGGGGAAGGAGAGGGAAAGGGUGUUCCAUUGUAUUCCUGUGUGCAAUGAUUCACAACCCUCUCAGCCUCACUGAUCUAAGAAAACGUUGUAAAGAGAAAAUAAAAUAUUAAUAAAAUAAUAAAAUAUUGCUUUAUUAUAAGUUAUUUAAGGUUUUUUUAUUAUAACUUUUUGUGUAUUGGAUCGAAUUGUUAUAAAAUGUGUGCUUCAUGUUGUAUAUUUGUUGCUUCUUCAGCUUGUAAACUGCCUUCUGUAUACCCAUUGCUUUUUUUCUUGGGGUACACACUAAACAUUUUGUGAAUCUUUGUACUUUUGUCCUUUUACUGUAUUUAUUUCCCCUGAUUUGAACUAUAAAAUGCUGAUUUUCUUAAGUCAAAAUGGGAGUACCCCAAAAACAUUUUAAAGAAAAAAAGCACUGUGUAUACCAAUACUUAAAGGCAGUAUACAAAUUAAAAGUGAAAUGAAAAGAAAAAUUAAAAUAGGAUACCUCCCAUUUAUGCUCCUCUGAGUACCUUGAGGGAAAGGGAGGGUGCAAAUAUGGGGAAUAAAAACAAAUUAUUCACCAGGAGAAGCUUUUUGAGAUUAUGCAAAUUUGUAUUUUAAAAUGGAUGUAAGAGUUGUUUGUAUUGUCUUCUUUAACUGGGGAAAUUGCUCCUGGCUUCAGGGAGACAAGGGUCUUCCAUAUCACCUGCUACAUGAGAUCAUUUUAAACAGGUGGUUCUGGGGAACAAGUAUGAAAACUUCUGUGUGCUGGUUUGUUGUUUUUGUUUUAGUGAGCAUAGGUCAUUCUUCAGUUUUUGCUAUUUAAAUCACUAACUAGCUUAAAUAGAAUACUGAAGGACCUCAGAAAAAAUGCACAUUAAGUUUGUGAAAUUAAGGCCUCCACCUUGGAAGAGGAGGAAACUGGGAAAUGGUGCAAAGACGCAAUUUUCCAUGGAACAAUGCUGUUUUAUUGCAUACAUGUAAAAGGUAAAGGUAAAGGUACCCCUGCCCGUACGGGCCAGUCUUGCCAGACUCUAGGGUUGUGCGCCCAUCUCACUCAAGAGGCCGGGAGCCAGCGCUGUCCGCAGACACUUCCGGGUCACGAGGCCAGCGUGACAAAGCUGCAUCUGGCGAGCCAGCGCAGCACACAGAAACGCCGUUUACCUUCCCACCAGUAAGCGGUCCCUAUUUAUCUACUUGCACCCAGGGGUGCUUUCGAACUGCUAGGUUGGCAGGCGCUGGGACUGAGCAACGGGAGCGCACCCCGCCACGGGGAUUCGAACCGCCGACCUUUCGAUCGGCAAGCCCUAGGCGCUGAGGCUUUUACCCACAGUGCCACCCGCGUCCCAUUGCAUACAUGAGUGGAAAACAAAACAAGAGUCUACGGGAUUUUUUUGUUGAUCCUAGACCGGAUACAGUAAUAUCCUUUUUUUGUUGUUGUUUUGUUUAUGCAUCCAUAAUCAGGAAAAGAAGAAAGAGAUAUGUAGAUUGCUUUUUGUAUUGUGCUGUAUCCUGGGGUGGAGGGAGGGCAUGCUUUUAGUUGCCAGUGUUGAAAAUUUCAAUUUAAAGAUAUUAAAAGAUAAUAAAGGAACCACUCUGGCCUGUAAGAGAAAUUUAUAAACCUUUCCUACAUAGCAUUUGAACAAAGCUUUAAGCAUCCUUUCGUUGCCACUAUUCUCUUGCAGGACACGGUAGUGGCUAUACAAGCUUUGGCUCUGUUCAGCCAAUAUACUUUCUCUAAGGAUGGCCGGAACUCAGUCAGGAUCCAUUCCAACAAGCCUUUUGAGAGAGUCUUUGAAGUGAACAAUGACAAUCGCCUAUUGCUGCAGCGGACUUCCCUGCCUGACAUUCCAGGGGAGUAUACGGUGGAAGUGAAUGGCACUGGGUGUGUCUUUACACAGGUAAUUGUUGAUACACCUUCAGGGCUGUCUUAAGCAUAUGCAGUGCAUAUGCAGUGCCGGGGUGCAAAGAUCCGCCCGGCGUCCCCGUCCCCCCCCCCCCAGGUUGCCCAGUCCCAGGUGCACAGGAGGACGGAGCCAGCCGGCUGCCUCAGCGUCUUGCUGGCUCAGUGGCGCAGAGCCACAUGCAGCAAAAGAGCCUGCCCAACCGAUGGGUGGGCUCUUCCCCAGACUCAACUCUCGGGCCCCGGACUCUCAGCCUGGCACCUCUGAGAGCCCAGCGCCUGGGUGCCCCACACCCCUAGCGCCUAUUAAGAGCCAGUGUGGUGUAGUGGUUAAGAGUGGUGGACUCGUAAUCUGGUGAACUGGGUUCACUUCCCCGCUCCUCCACAUACAGCUGCUGGGUGGCCUUGGGCCAGUCACACUUCUCUGAAGUCUCUCAGCCUCACUCACCUCACAGAGUGUUUGUUGUGGGGGAGGAAGGGAAAGGAGAUUGUUAGCCGCUUUGAGACUCCUUAGGGUAGUGAUAAAGCGGGAUAUCAAAUCCAAACUACUACUCUUCUUCUUCUUCUUCUUCUUCUUCUUCUUCGGGUAAGAUGGCCCUGUGCACCUUGCACACUUGCAAAGACGAAAAGGAUUUCAAAGGCCAUCUUUUGCUAUGUGCACAUUAUUCCUUAUGGCACUAGCAAGGGAUGGCGGCAGGAUUUCCUGAGCCCGGUACGCUAUAUGUGGACUGGGGCCCCUGCUUCACUGGCCUACCCCACAAAUCUGUUGAUUAUGAUGUUGUUGUUGUUGUUAUUCAUAGAAUUGUAGAGUUGGAAAUGAGCACAAGGGUAAUAUAGUCCAACCCUCUGCAAUGCAGGAAUCUUUUGCCUAACCCACAACCCUGAGAUUAAGAGUCUCAUAGCGACUGAGCUAAGCAGGCAAGUCAUUAUGACUAAUUUAAUUUCUUUACCGCUUUAUGUUUUUAAGAGAGAAACCUCAAAGUGGUUUACGACACAUUGAAGUAUCAAAUAAAACGAUCCAGAACAGAAUGUUACUGAAGAAAGUCAGAUAUAAAGUAUACUUUCAAAGCAACAUAAUUAACAGGAAACUUAUCUUAAAGAUUCAAAAUAAAACAGAAUGUCUUUGUGGACACAAAUUCUGCUUGCAAAGCUAAUUUGGCUUUGUAUGAAAGGAUAGGUGGUGGUUGGCAGGAACCAAGCAAUACUUCUAGGAACUAAAAGAAUCUGCAAAAUAUGUGGACAUAGGUGAUAACAAGAUACACAUGAGCACCACAGGCAACAAUAUCUCUCUCAUUUACUAUCAUUUAAGACUCUAAAUAAGCUAGUGACUGUCUUCAAGAUUAUGCCUUUCACACACAUUGUGAAGGCCACAUUGCCUUGAGUUUAUUUUUUCACUCCCCUGUUUUUUAUUCCAUGUUUUCUAGGCAGUUAUGAGAUACAACGUCCUUCUUCCCAAAAAGUCUUCUGGGUUUUUCCUCUCUGUGCAGACGGCAAACGUCUCUUGUGGAGACACCUUCCAGACAAAGUUUGCCAUUGCCAUCACAGCCAGGUACCUUUUUAUCAACCUCGUAUGCAUAGAUUGUAUGUGUGUGGAAGGGAAAGAAAAAGAGGUGUAACUUAAAACGACAGUUCCAGAGAGACAGAGCAGAAUAGUCCUGCGGCUGCGUACCUUCCUAUAUGUGCUUCUAUUGCCAACCUUUUAAAAUGGGUUUCAGUUCAGUAGUCUGGCAUGUAAACAAUAAGCUGGUGAAGGUUGCAGUCCUGUACAUUUAGGCCUAAGCUCCAUUGAUAACAGGUAUUUCUGGGUAUGAAUGCAGAAGGGAUAAUUACAGGGACUAUGAAUACAGAUGGAUAUGGACAAUAUGAGUGUGUUGCUGGAGUAACUGGACAUGAGAAGGGGUUAAUUUCCUUCAUGAGCAUAAUCACCCCACGGAUGAUGCUUCACUUCAUGAGCAUAAUCACCCCAUGGAUGAGCUAAUCACAAGUGCAAGAUCAGCCAGGCCAGUUGCUAUGGUAACGGCCCAGUGCCCCAACUAUAUCUGUGAAUUAAUGCAUGAUGGCUCACUUGCAGAGUCUGUUAGUAGAGUUGUCCAGUGUUACGUCCUGAAUUGCUGAAAUUAUUUAGAGCAAAGGAGGUACUUUGUACUUGUAUGUAUCUGUAUAUAUCUGUAUCUACAAGUUGUAUAUCUCUACGUCCAUAACUGUUUUACUGAGCCUUAUCUUCUGCAACAGAAAACUAUCUGAACCUUUCUCUGCUUCCAUGUAGUGACUGGUACAGGGAACAACUUCCACUGUGUGGGUAUCUCACCUGAGAUUUCCAACAUGUGUGUAAUUAGCAAUUAUGACAAUGUUUUAGUACCCCUAGGAUUUCAGCCCAACAACCAUCAAAUGUAUUGACAGCAGGUCCUUCUGUUGUAUGUUAGCUAUCUAGCUUCCUGAAAACCACACCCCAAUCCCCAAUGGGCAGCUUCUGCCACAGUACUGGAGAUUGCAUUUCCUAGAAGUACUGGAGUCAUUCCCAGCCAAGUAGGCACGAAAUGACAGUGGCCAAGGUAUUUGAAUCUGAAAAGGUCUCAUGACUGGUCUGAGAUGGUAAAGGAGCUCCAAAGCAUAGACAGAAUACAAACACACAAUUUGUAAGCAACAGCAUUUUUCCUCUUAUCCUACAGAUGCAUUUUACCACCUAAACAAUUAAAUAUACUGUAUCCCAAGAUGGCUUUGGUCUAGGGAUUCAGAUUGACCCAGUCUUCCUUUCCUUUCAGAUACACCGGGAAGCGCAAUAGCUCCAACAUGGCCAUCGUUGAUGUGAAGAUGCUUACAGGCUUUGUACCUGACCAGGCAUCCCUGCAAAAGGUAAAUGUAAAAUGUGGAAUGGCUUUGGGGGAUAGGAUUGUGGGGCAUUUAAAUUUGCAAAUGCAUCACCUGCCACAAGAAACAGGAGGCUUUGCCUACUGGCUCCCACCAACCUGGCUAUGACUACCAAUCAGACAAAGUGGCCUGCGUGUCAGACAGCCAAAGGUCCAUGCCCACACUGGACAGCUGUACCCUAUCCCUGCAAAAAAUGUCAGUUUGUUAGUGCUGAAUACUGGGGUGUGGAGCAGUGUGACCUUGAGUUGCUUCCAAUGAAGUAAAACAAGGGCAUGGCUGACUUUCCUCUAGGUAGACCCUCCAAGUGUCCCUAUUUUCCAGGGACAUCCCCAACUCAGAGAAGCUGUUCCGGUUUCUGAUUUGAUCCCGGAAUGUCCUGUUUUUCCUUAGGAUGUCUCUAUUUUCAUUGGAGAAAUGUUGGAGGGUAUGGAGUUAUCCAACCCCCGAGCUGUCUGAAGGCAGUCCUGUAUAGGGAAGUUUUAAAAAUGUUUAAUGUUUUAUUAUGUUUUUAUAUAUGUUGGAAGCUGCCCAGAGUGCUAGGGCAACCCAAUAAGAUGUGUGGGAUAUAAAUAGUAAAAUUAUCAUUAUAGAAUGGAACUUCCCUAUUUUCAUAAGAGAAAUGUUGGAGGGUACAUCCAUGCCCCAUCUACCUUUGUGGGGUCCUGUGCCCACAUCCAUACAUGGCAUUGCAACAGAUUUUGCCACCAGAACUGCUCUGGGAAGAAAGCGGUGAAGGUCGCCCAUAACCACUAUAUAUCUUUGAUGACUGUUACAUUCAAAGGAAACAGGAUAAGGGGAAUAAUCCUACAACUAACUGCAUCCUGGUCAUUGACUGCAGAGAACUGGCUUCUUCCAAACAUACAAUGUGGCUUUUCAACAUUCUAAAGUGUAACAGACUCCACUUGUUCUCUUUCCUUUUCAUAAAGAUGAUCUAUAAUACAUAUAUUUUAUUGUUUCACGAUGGAUGCAUGCAUCAAUAUUGUUCCUGCAAAGUUUAUUGAUUUCCUACAUCUGUAUCUGAUUCAUCCCAUGUUUCCCUUUUGUGUGCGUGUUCUCCUCAUAAUACUUUAGAAGUCAUUCCAUACUCCUUCUAGUGUGUCUUCAGAUGGCCAGUGAAGGUUCUCAUCUUUCCUGUGCUUCCUUGUUCACAGCUUCGUGAUGACAGAAUUGUGAUGAAGGUGGAAAGCAAAGAAAACCAUGUCAUCAUCUACCUGGACGAUGUAUGUUCUGCUCAGAUCUGCCUCUUGUUUUGUGGAGUAUUAACUGGCUACAAGACUAACGAUUCCCAUUGUGCUUUUAUUCCCAGCUCUCAUCCAAGGGAAUCAGUUUCAGCUUCAUAGUUGCCCAAGACCUUCCAGUUUCAAAUCUCAAACCAGCCUUGGUGAUGGUGUAUGACUACUAUGAAACAGGUAAAGAAAAAUAAUAUGCCAUAGAACAGCCUUCCCUCAUCUGAUGCCAUCUAGAUUUUUUCGACUGCCAACUGCCUUCAUCCCCAACCAGUGACCAUUCUGGCUGGGGCUGACGGGAGUUGUAAACUGAGAGAAAACUUUAUUCUAUACCUAGGCCUUGGACCUUUAACUAUCUGUGGCCUUUUAGAAGUGGGUGGGAUGUUUUUAAUGUAUUUAUGUAGGAGUUUUGCUUCUUUGAUGUUUGGUUGUAAGUCACGUUGGAUUGCCUUGGGCAAGAUAAAGCAACUAAAAAUAAGAUUACGAAAUAAUAAUAAUAAUCCUCUCAAGAUUUUAUUUUCAUUUUUUAAAUUGAAAAAAAUAACAUUAGAAGGCAUCAGGUCUCUGUGUGGUAGAAUUAAUUUGCCAUAAAGCAUAUGGGAUGGUCAAAUAAUCAAAUUCAUAUUACUUUCUCUGCUACAGAUGAAAUUGGGAUUGCUGAAUACAAGUUCCCUUGCUAUGCUGAUGAUCCUUGA